ACGAGCAAGCGGGAAGAGAGCGGCCCCGGGGGCGCAUGCGCAUGCGCGCUUCUCCUCGACUCGGGAGGCUCGCUCGGGAGCGGGAGGGAGAAAAGAGGGCGGGGGGCGCUGAAAGGGGCGGAGCUUUAAGCCAACCCCCCCCCCCACUGUUGCCAUUACUAGCGCCCCCGACUCCCUUCAACUCCCCACAGCCAUGGAGGGGCCUGAGAAGGAGGAGGGCCAAGUUCCCGUGAGUAUGAGGGGGUGGGGGGCUUUAAUAUGGGGUGAGGGGAUUUAAUUGGGGGUGGGGGGUUUAAUUGGGGGUGAGGGGCUUUAAUUGAAGGCGUGGGGGCAUUAAUUGGGGGUGGGGCUUUAAUUGGAGGGGUGGGGAUUUAAUAUGGGGUGAGGGGAUUUAAUUGGGGGUGAGGGGCUUUAAUUGGGGGUGGGGGUUUAAUUGGAGGGGUGGGGGAUUUAAUAUGGGGUGAGGGGAUUUAAUUGGGGGUGGGGGCCUUAAUUGGAGGUGGGGGUGGUUUAAUUGGGGGUGGGGGAAUUUAAUUGGGGUGAGGGGAUUUAAUUGGAGGUGUGGGGGCUUUAAUUGGGGUGGGGGUUUUAAUUGGAGGGGUAGAGGCUUUAAUUGGGGGUGGGGGCUUUAAUUGGGGUGGCGGAAUUUAAUUGGGGGUGAGGGGCUUUAAUGUGGCUGGGGAAACCCAGCCAGAUUAAUAUAACAUUAUUAUUAUUAUUAUUAAUAUUACCAAUAUUAUUAUUAUUAUUAUUAUUAUUAUUAUUAUUAUGGAGGUGAGGGAGCUUUAAUGGGGGCUUUAAUUGGGGGUGGGGCUUUAAUUAGGGGGAGAGGGCUUUCAGUUGGGGGGCUUCUUUUAAGGGCAUUUCACUGCCCCCCUCCCUUUCAUAAUAAUGUGGGGGGAUUUUCGUGCUUGCAUGUGUAGAAAUGCAUCAGAAAGGAAAAUCCUAUCCCCCCAUAUUAAAACAAAAAGUUAUAAAUGAUGUGUCUGUGUCUGCGCACACUUUGAACUUGCAGACCCCCCCAAAUGUGUUUCCCAUGGUGCUAGUCCACAGUGUGGAGCAGGGAGUACCUUGUCCCGUCCCCCCCCCCCGUCCCCCGCAAAUCUCUACCUCUCUUGGUUUAUAUCAGAGCUUUCCGAACUUUUCAUGUCGGUGACACACUUUUUAGACAUGCAUCAUUUCGCGACACAGUAAUUCAGUUUUACUAGCAAACUGGAGGUUUAGCUAACUCCUUAUGAGAGCUUUCGCUUGACACAGCUAACCGUUGCAGCUGACACACUAAGGUGUCGCGACACACAGUUUGGAAAGCUCUGAUUUAUAAGGAUGGUAUGUUCUAUCUUGGGUUUAUAACCUUUUAUGCAAACUGUCUGAUACGUACAAUAAGUUGGCUGCUGUUUUUGUUGCUCAGGUUUGUGUCUUUAGAUAUGGCACAUUUCCUUCACCUGGCAUUCAGUGUAGGAGUUCUCAUUAAUACAGUGCAUUUGCAUGCCCUUGGUUAGAUUUGUUAAAAGUUAAGUUUGCUUUUAAUAAGUCUUUCCGCUGGUAACAUCCAGUCUUACCAAAAUUAUCUUAUAUCAGUGAUAAAUUAAUCUUGGGAUUUGUAUUUAAUCAUUAAGGGUAGGUUCAUCUUGUAGCUCUAUAGGAAUGUUGUUUUGCGUGGCGAGUUCCCGCCUCCCCCCAGUAGGAAUAAAGAGACAGGACACAAUUAUUUAAGGUUAAUGGGCUAAAAUUGGCCGCAACUUUAUUGGUUACAGAUAAGAGCGGUAUUGGCUUAGGCAUUGGUCCUAUCAGACUAUCCUUCUUCAGCCUGUUUGCUUGAAAACCGGGAAGGGUUAACACCAGCAGAGGGAGCCCUGCUGAUGAACAUCAACUAGGUACUCCCCCGGGUCACCGACCGGGGGCGCGCUUUAGGUCCUGGCCUCCAUAGGCUUCGGACGAGGCAACGCCCCCGGAAUCCUUUACCGGACUACCCUUCAACAUUUGGGGGAGGUGAUGGCGUUCCUCCCCCCCAAGACAUCUACAUAACAAUACCCCUACCAAUGCCUAACCACCAAAACCAAGGAGUUGUGAUGAUUUGCUACGAGGUAGGUGAAAAACCAAAUGGCCAGUGCCAAUUUGCCAAGUGGAAAAAAUUCCUACCAGGCCCCGUAACGGCGACCAACCAAAGUCCAUAGCAAGUUCAGAAGGGAAACCUUAAAGGGCGGGCAGGUGGGAAACCACAACAGCUGCGCGGACCAAAGAGGGAGAUCCCUGGGCCGCGAGGCCUGAGGAUUCCCCGGAUCGCGCGGGGCUGGAAACCAGCCUCCGUGCGCGUGUUGGGGGCGUGAGCCCGCAACCCCACCUCCUCCUGAUGUCGGAAGUGGCUUAACAGAACAGGGGCAGCCAAACUGAAGGCCCUGCUUAGAGUUGCUGCGGCAUGGGCUUCUGAUAUUUUAGGGACUUAAGGGAGAAUCUGUCCUGCGGAAUUUAGUGACCUACCAUAUAUGAAGGAUAAGUUGGUCUCUGAAGUAAUGUAGUCCUGAGCUGCAUAGGGCCUUAUAUCUUCUUGCCAAAAUCUCAUAAUUGGCCUCGCCGCAGGUUGGCGACAAUGCAAGGAGUUAAGCUGCCUUCAGGCAUCCUGGGUUUUGAUCUCUGCACCAACAGCAGCCCGUCGACCAUCUUCAAGGGUAGCCCCACAUACAGCCCAUUGCGGUAAUCCGAAUUAGCGUUGUUGCUUUCAUAAUUGAAGGAAAGACACUAGGAGUUUAGCAGGGGAUGUGGGAUUUGCAAGUAAACUGCUUACAGUGUGCCUGAGUGAAGUUUAUUUUAUUAUUUGCUAUAAUUGUUCUCCAGUGAAAAUUCCCAGGGCAUUUUAUAAUGGAGAGGAGAACAGAAAUGUAGGAAGGGAAUCACUUGCCCUUUUUCAAAAGCAAGGCACGCCAGCUGUGACCUUCUUUUGAGGUCUUGCUGAGCAGAUACUUUCCUUGCAAAUAAAUAUGUACUAUUUUUAUUUUGCCGUGAAUUUUCAGUCCUGCAUAUGGGCCUGUGUGUUUUCAAAAAAUAAUAUGAAAAUUAGUUUUAUUUUACACUGGCCACAUUCGGAAGUAACAGUUCUCCCUUCCUGCCCAGCAAACCAUGGAGCAGCUGGCUUAGAAUUAUACUUGUAGCUUUUCAGAAACAAACCACAUGUUGCUGGUUUGGGUGUAAUGCUAAGUUGGCCGCUCCUUGGUUUGUCCCUAUGCUAGGAGGAAGGAGGUGUGAAGUAUCAUCUGGAAUGGUGGUGAUGGUGUAAAGUUUUCAGAUCUGUUUGCCACUGCUUUGUGGAUGCCUGUGACUUUAAUUUCUGGAAGUCAAAAUAUGUAUUUGUCUAGGCUAGGAGGAUCCUCUAAACCAGGGUUUCCCAAACUUGGGUCUCCAGCUGUUUUUGAACUACAGUUCCCAUCAUCCCCUACCACUGCUCCUGCCAGCUGGGGAAUCAUGGGAGUUGUAGUCCAAAAACAGCUGGAGACCCAGCUUUGGGAAACCCUGUUCUAAACCAUGGAGAACCAUCGUGAACUAGUAUUAUGGAUGUGUGAGCUCUGUUGUGGCAUACAGUACUUUUUAUUUUUUUAUUUUUUUAAAUAAUAUUUAUUGAGAUUUAAAAGAUUACAAAAAGAAAAGAUAGAUAACAACAUGUUAAACAGAAAAACAAAGCAUCAUAUCACAAUAUCAAAAAGAGAAAAAAAAGAAAAAAGAAAAAGAAAUACAAAAAUAUAUACAACAAAUCUUCCCAUAAUUUAUCUUUCAUUUGCUUAUUUCUUUGACCUCCUCAUGCUUCCCCUUUUUGUAUUCUAGUUCAAUUAGCUAUUUCAGCAAGACCUUUCCAUCUUUUCCAGUUUUUAUCCUCUAUUUUAUCUUAAUAUAUUAUAGCUUUACUUUCCCUCCUUUCACCAUUUAACAAUCUAUUUUUUCUUAAACCUUUAUAGCAUUUCUGCUAUAAAGUACUUUUAGUGGCAUUCUAGUGGGAGGGUAGAGUGGAUGCAGCCUUUUGCCCCAUGUGUUUGUGGGGUAGCUGUGGAUGGUUGUCACCUAACUUACUCAUGCUUGAGCGAAAACAUUGCUUCUACAGGCAUCCUGGUUUGAGCAUGUUUGUUCUGAAGCAAGUCCCUACUGAAGUCCAAUUAGACAUGUUUAUGUUUGGGGUGUAAAUUAGUAUCUUCAGCUGUCGAUGUUCGCAGCCGUUCUUGAUUUUUUUUUAUUAAGCAUAACAUGUAAUUAUCAGAGCCUAAGAGAGGCUUGAUAUUCACUGCCAGUUUUCAAGCACAGAAAAUCAAUUCGGACUCUAGUGAACCUAGGGAUGAGUGAUACUUCAAAUUGAAAUAAUCCAAAUUCCCUUCUAUUUGUACCUGGAGUGGGUUACUUCCUACCUGUGAGCCAAAUCAAAACCCUUUAAAACUGCAUCUCUUGCAGUUAAUUCAUAGUUUUAAACAAUUAAAUAGUGUGAUUUAUAUUUGUUCCCAACCCGUCUCUACUCUCUAGGGUGUAUCAUUAGUUUUGUACUUCUGAGAGAGACUAGAAGGAGUUAGCUGUGGAGCAAGGCAGGGCUUCACAUGAAAUUAAACUCAGGAUGUGUCUGUCUUCCUUCCACUUGCCUCUGUCUAGAUUCUGUUGAAUAAGCAAGGUUGACCUGUGAGUGUUGCUGAAAUAGUAUGCAAGCUUUAAUGCUAUACAGAAGACUUCACCGGGCUGAAAGAACUUUUUUAUUCUCAGCUAAUAAACUUGUUGGCAAGACAGGCAGGAGCGAUGCCCACCAUUUUACCUGCUUGAAAUGAGAUUUUUGGAUUUUUUUCCUUUAAAAUAUAAAGCGCUAUAGAAAUGAAAUUAAUAAAGAUAAUGCCAAGGUGCUUAAACAUUCCAUUGUGCCAUUUGGCGAUUAGCUUAUAUAUCUGUUUCUAACACUGUGUCUGGUACAGUGGUGCCCCGCAAGACGAAUGCCUCGCAAGACGAAAAACCCGCUAGACGAAAGGGUUUUCCGUUUUUCGAUGCGCUUCGCAAGACGAAUUUCCCUAUGGGCUUGCUUCGCAAGACGAAAACGUCUUGCGAGUCUUGCGAUUUUUUUCGCUCCCCCCCUUUUUCUAAGCCACUAAGCCGCUAAUAGCCUUUUAGCUGCUAAGCCUUUAAUAGCCGCUAAACCACUAAUAGCGCUAAUCCGCUAAGCCGCUAAUAGGGUUGCUUCGUAAGACGAAAAAACCGCUAGACAAAGAGACUUGCGGAACGGAUUAUUUUUGUCUUGCGAGGCACCACUGUACAACCCUCCCUUCAACUUCUGUGUGGCAGACAACGCAAGUAUCGGAGUUCUGGGAAACCUGAAUAAUCCUGGCAUACUGCACAACUCCUUUGGUUAAGCAGCUAGAGCAAAUACUUUAUUUUUCUUGGCAACAAGGUUUUGUGACCUGUCAAAAUAUCCCAGUCAGGAACUGAUCAGUGGAGGUGCUCAUUGCACAGUACGCGUCCUUUGCUGACUGUUUCCACUCCAAUUAGGAGUUAGCUAAUUCUGAGGGGACAGGUGGAUUGUGCCACACAUGAUAAACUCUGCUGGUUCUAUAGCAUUGGCUGCAUUCAGACCUCAUUAUAAACUGUUGUUUAUUGUAAUGGGAGCAAGGCUAGACACCCUGCAGGAAUCCAGAAGCUUUUGCUUCCAGUUACAAUUAGCUAAAGUUUAGUGUUGUUUCAAACCCUCUGUAAGAUUGUUGGUUCUUCUGAAUCUCCAUGCAUGAAAGUUCACAGGUAGCUGCGGUGUUAAAACCUGCUUUUGGUUGUGUAUGAUGUCAGGUUUAGACCAUCAAAGCUAUUUCCCCCUCUGAAAUGUAGUUUUGGGCUGUUCUCUAGGGCUGGGCAAUGUCUGGUUUCCAGCAUUGCAAUACUGUAUAACACCAGCUAAACAUUGUGAUAUACCGAUAUAUCACAAUGUCUGUAAUAAGGGUGGAACUACGUAGAGGCAUAGGGACUCAGGUGGCGCUGUGGUCUAAACCAGAGAGCCUAGGGCUUUCCGAUUGCAAGGUUGGCAGUUCGAAUCCCCACGACGGGGUGAGCUCCCGUUGUUCGGUCCCAGCUCCUGCCCACCUAGCAGUUCAAAAGCACGUCAAGUGCAAGUAGAUAAAUAGGUACCGCUCCAGCGGGAAGGUAAACAGUGUUUCUGUGCGCUGCUCUGGUUUGUCAGAAGCGGCUUAGUCAUUCUGGCCACAUGACCCGGAAGUUGUCUGUGGACAAACGUCGGCUCCCUCGGCCUAUAGAGCGAGAUGAGUGCGCAACCCCAGAGUCGUCCGCGACUGGACCUAACAGUCAGGGGGUAAAGGUAAAGGUAAAGGGACCCCUGACCAUUAGGUCCAGUUGUGGCCGACUCUGGGGUUGCGGCGCUCAUCUUGCUUUAUUGGCCGAGGGAGCCGGUGUACAGCUUCCGGGUCAUGUGGCCAGCAUGACUAAGCCGCUUCUGGCGAACCAGAGCAGUGCAUGGAAAUGCCGUUUACCUUCCCGCCGGAGCGGUGCCUAUUUAUCUACUUGCACUCUGACGUGCUUUCAAACUGCUAGGUUGGCAGGAGCAGGGACAGAGCAACAGGAGCUCACCCCGUCACGGGGAUUCGAACCGCUGACCUUCUGAUCAGCAAGUUCUAGGCUCUGUGGUUUAACCCACAGCGCCACCCGCUGUGGCGGUAAAGGGGGUACCUUUAUCUUAAUGUAGAGGCAUGGGCUGGCUUCAUGGUUUUCCCUGCAUUGUGAUUUUGGCAUAACACACACAUACGCACACACACCAUGGUUCACGAUAUUGCCAGAUCAAACAUUAUGAAACCAAUAUCGCGAUAGGCACUUCAAGCCAGGUUUGGAUGAUAUAUUGCCCAGCCCUACUUUUCGCUCCUUGCCUGCUAAACUGCAGUACAUGCUUACCCAAAGUCUUCGAAAAGAACAAGGGGAGUGAACAAGCCAACAGGCACAUUUUCUUUCCCUAGGAUGCAUAUUUCCUUCCUUUAUUCAUGGCGUGGAAUUUUCUGAAUGUUUGUGGCUGUAAAACUAUCAAGAAUUUCUCAUCCUCUUCUUGGUUGUCUCCUGUAUAACGAUUUCUACUUUUAACGCUGAGCUGUUACAUGCAAAAGGUCCCAGUCAUCUCUCCUGGUAGGACUGUGCAGGCUUCUUUUCCGAAACCUUGGAGAGACGCUGAUAGUUGGUGCCAAGAAUACUGAGCUAGAUGGACCACUGGCUUGAUCUGUAUGAGACAGCUUCCUAGGUUCCUUAUUUAUUUUCUCUCAGCUCUGUGUUUACUGCUUGAAUGAUCCAUUUCUUUAGGGACAGCAUUUCCCUAGGGACAACAUACAUGGGUCUUAACAUUUAUUCCAGUUUAGGUUGAUGGUUUCACAUCUUCACUGUUUACAGUAGACUCUAGUCUGGUUAUCUAUUAUUUGCCUAGCCUGAAAUCAUUGGUUGUUCUUUUAGUUUUCUUAAAUACAGCAGGUACUUGAGAGUUUUUCUGCCUUGCCCAUUGAUCGAUACAGCUGUGAUGAAAUGAGCAUAGUUCAUAGCUGUCAGUGUCUCCCCCCCCAAAAAAAUAUAUUUUAGUGAAGAGAACUAAUUCUUGCACUUUCAAAAUCUGACAAGGUUUUCUUCCCUUAGCUUAAUUACAUGCACAUCCCGGGAGAGGGAUUAUUCCAGUUUCAUUAAUUUGAAGUUAUAAGUCUAUUUGUUCCUGUUUGUUUUUCUGGCUGCUACCAAAGUAAAUAUUUUUUUUAGAGUUUAUGCACCCAAUGGUGUAACUUCUUGGAUAUUUGUAUUCCUUCUGCAUUGCUCUUUCAUUUCCUCAUCCCUCCCCACUUUCUUUGACAACUAGUCAUAUGAAUGUAUUGUUGCUGUCAGCUUCUUCCAGUUACUAAUGUGGCAGUUUUUGAGCCUCUAGUUAAUUAACUUUCUUUUGAGAUAUGAAAUAUUCUAUUUGGUGUUCAUUACUGGCAUCCAUUCCUUCAGACACCUCCAAAGAAUUAUUGUUAAUACUUAAUCUGUGUGCUUGCAGUGUGUAACCGUACAGAUUUGAAUUAUAGUAUCUUCAUUCAUGAUGGUAGCAUAUGCCUUGUGUAUAUAUCACUCCCCAGGGUUUUACUGUAGCUCUGUUCUAAAUGUAUUUGUUGUAUUUGUGUUUUUAAGUGCUUCUAACUAUCUUAUGUGUGUAGAAGGCAAUUAAUAAGUGAAUUCUAGUAAUAAAAGGAGGAAAGCAGCCUGAAUGAGUAGGAGGCUCUUUGGGAUCAACUAGCAACGUUUGUGUAUUUGCUUCGGCAUGGAGGCUUCCCCUCAGUCUGUAUCAGGAUAUAACACGAUGUGAUAAUUUGUGAAAGUUGUCAGGGUGAGGCAGACAACCGAAUCUCACAAAGGUCUCAGUCUUUAUGACAGCAGUAUAGCUGAGGCUUAGGGCAUGGCUCCCUCCACCUGGCAGUUGGGGGGUGGGGGGAGGCCUUGCCGUGUUGGUGCUUGCUGGGUCUACAUUCCUGUGCUGAGAUAUUUGAAAUAUCUCACUGCUCUGGGUGCCCCAGGCCCCAUUCAUUCUCCUGACAAGGACGGUUACAGCUACGGUAAGUCCUGAAUUCUCUAUAUACUGCUUGGCUCUGAAGUAAAGGCACGCCAACCCCAAAUGCCGUGGAUCCUGUUGGGUGAGUUAAAUUUAUAUACAGUGGUACCUCGGGAUGUGAACGGGAUCUGUUCCGGAGCCCCGUUAGCAUCCUGAACAGAAUGUAAGAUGCUACAGCUUGUGUGCGCGGGUCGCGUUUUGCCGCUUCCGCACAUGCGCGUGACGUCAUUUUGACCGUCUGCGUAUGCGUGAGCGGCGAAACCCGGAAGUAGCACGCUCCGUUACUUCUAGGUUGCCGCGGAGCGCAACCUGAAAGCGCUCAACCUGAAGCGUAUUUAUCCCUAGGUAUGACUGUAAAACACUCAGCAUUAGAUGCUGGCGAAGGGAAGCCUAGUCUCCUGUUUUGGAAUUCGGAAGGAUCUCCCUUCUGUCUGGUUGCCAGAUCUCUUUUAUAGGGUUUCCACUUUACAUCAAUCAAUUUGGCAUAUGGUGCUCAAGGAUAUGAUGAGAUGCUGAUGCAAAGAAGUAGGAGGCAAAGCAGGCUGUAUGAGAAGCAAAUAUUGUAAAGGACCCCUCCAAUCACAGUUAGCAGAUCCUUUCAUAGAAACUGGAUGUCCCAUUUUUUAAAUAGGUAGCAGUCCUUUCCUAACUGUCUGUCAUGGUCUCCGUCCCUCCCGUUUUACCUUUGCUGUCGCCGUUUCUUAAACUCUCUUCCUUUUUGCGGCGCUGCCAUAGUAUCAAAAUAACUCUUUGCCAUCACAGCUCGCUUGUCUGGUAAUAGCUGGUAGACAGACAGGUGCUAGUUUACUUGGUUUCCAUGGCAGGCCUACGUUGGCCCGCAGGCCAGAGGUGUUUUAGUAUGGACAGGUCUUUUAGUAUGGACAGGUAGGUACGGAGGCAAGGAAUCUUUCAGGUUCCCUGGUCCCAAACAAAAAAAGGGCGUGAAGGAUUGAAACCAGCAAUUUGAAUUUAGCCUAGAACCGAACAGGAAUAAUAAUAAUAAUAAUAAUAAUAAUAAUAAUAAUAAUAAUUUAUUUAUACCCUGCCCAUCUGGCUGGGUUUCCCCAGCCACUCUGGGCGGCUUCCAACAAAACACUAAAAUACAAUAACCCAUUAAACAUUAAAAGCUUCCUUAAACAGGGCUGCCUUCAGAUGUCUUCUAAAAGUUUGGUAGUUAUUUUUCUCUUUGACAUCUGGUAGGAGGGCGUUCCACAGGCAGGUGCCACUACCAAGAAGGCCCUCUGCCUGGUUCCCUGUAACCUCACAUCUUGCAGGGAGGGAACCGCCAGAAGGCCCUCGACGCUGGACCUCAGUGUCUGGGCAGAACGAUGGAGCCAAGUGCAUUCAUAAAGCAGGUGUGGUACGAUCACAGUGUCCAGGCUCAGAUCAGAAUACAGCUAUUACAUUUGGUUCUUCUCCCUACUAGGAAGAAACCAAAGAAAUGUGGCCCCCUCCCUUGUGGAUUUACUCUUCUUCUGUUUUAGUCUCCAUCUGCUCUCUGUGGACCCCUUUGAAGGCAAUGUCUGCUUUACUCAUCUUGUUUGAUUAUCAUUCAGAACACCCACAUAAUUACCUCUGCUUAACAUAUCUAAAAUCAAUACCUUUUGCGUUUUACCCAGUACUAAUUGCCUUCAUUGUUCGUGCUUCAUCACACACCACUUUUGAUUUGCCCAGGAGUGGUGUAUGCAUCCUAUUCAAUUCCUUCAAUAAACUGGAAUUAAGGUGGGAAGGUGGAGUGAGGGCCUUGUCUAGUGCACAGGAUAUGUCAGACCAUUAACGUUUUUUCUUUUCCUAUUUUUACAACAACAACACCCUCACUCUUAAAAUAAAAGCUUGCUGGCUUAAUUACCAAACUACAUCAGCUUGUAGGCACAAAGGUAAAGGGGAAAUUGUAAUAUCUGAUAACAAGUGGGGGGGGGGGGGCAGAAAGAAAAUGAGUUUUGGGAUGCAGGUGGAAGGGCCGAGUUGGGUAGAUGGACAGAGAAAGAGAUCCUGCCAAUGUUUUUAUCUGUUUACAAUUUAUCUGUAAAUAUUCAAUAAACCAUUUUUAUUCUUUUAUAAAGUUUGUUAUCUUGAUUUCUUAUUCUUCCGGUAAGUUUUUCCAUUUCUGCAUAGUCCAUAAGUUUUUGUAUCUAUUCUUCUCUCAUUGGGCCUACCACUUCUUUCCAUUUUUAGGCAAGUAACAUUCUUGCAGCUGUAGUUGCAUGCAUAAGUAAAUUUCUAUACUGUUAAUAAGCAUUUUGUAUAAGAUAAAUGUAUUUGACUGAUCCUAACCUUUCUGAGGCAUGAGGAGAUUAAGAAGCCAGAGAAGAACAGGAACUUUUCACAAGGCAGUCUCUUCAAUAAUAUGUUUGUUAAACAUCCAUUGUUUCUUCAUGCCUGGAAAAUGCAUAUUUUUAUAAUAUGUGGAUGAAUAGAAUCAUAGAGUUGAAAGGGAUCCAAGGGUCAUCUAGUCCAACCCCCUGCAAUGCAGGAAUCUCAGCUAAAGCAUCCAUGACAGAUAGCCAUGCAGUAUUGUUUUACUAAGUUUUGGAUACUGAGAAAUGUUUUGGGUGCUCCUGCGACUAUUCAGAUAAUUGGAUUUUGCUGUUUAACUCAUUGUUCCAACGUAGUAUUCAACUCUUACCUCACUGACUUAAGCAAGCAAUAUAAAAUAUUGCUGAAUAUCUGUAAAACUUUAGAAACUAAUUGGUGCUACAGGACAAAAUAGGACAAAAUACCAGUUUCUCCAGCCAUCAUUAUUAAAAAGAUCUGUUUCUUUCAGCCUAUUGCAACAACGCCACCACGUCAAGGUCCGAAAGAAGAGCUGUUAAGCCAAAGCAGCAGUGGGACUCAGGUUUCAUAUGUCAGUGGUAUCUCCUUGGGAGAAGCAAUCAGACAUAGAUCUACUACUAAUCAGGUAAUUUUGCAAUCUUUUCCAUAUUUUUUUUCAUCCAGUUAGAAUAUUCACACAGUAGUGCAUGUUAUCACCAUAUCCCUGUGGAAUAAGUUAGGCUGGGUGACAGUGAGUACCCCAAGGUCACUCAGUGUUCUUCAUGGCUGAGGGGUGGAGACACUGGCUCUCUAAACUAACCAAAAGGACUGAGGGGGAAUACAAAGGUCCUAACAGAACUCCAGAUAGAGGCAGAGAACUGGGCCACGUGAAGUAAGGAGUCCUCGAAUCUUUUCUUUCAUAUACAAUAUUUUGAUGCAUAAGGGACACAGGUGGCGCUGUGGGUUAAACCACAGAGCCUAGGACUUGCCGAUCAGAAGGUCGGCAGUUCGAAUCCCUGCGACAGAGUGCGCUCCCAUUGCUUGGUUCCUGCUCCUGCCAACCUAGCAGUUCGAAAGCACGUCAAAGUGCAAGUUGAUAAAUAGGUACCGCUCUGGCGGGAAGGUAAACGGCGUUUCCGUGCGCUGCUCUGGUUCGCCAAAGCAGCUUAGUCAUGCUGGCCACAUGACCUGGAAGCUGUACGCCGGCUCCCUUGGCCAAUAAAGCGAGAUGAGCACCGCAACCCCAGAGUCGGCCACGACUGGACCUAAUGGUCAGGGGUCCCUUUACCUUUACCUAUUUUGAUGCAUAAGCAAUCAUAUCUUUUACCCGGAUCGUUCUACCAGGACAUUGAGGUCCAGCUCUGAGGGCCUUCUGGUGGUUCCCUCACUGUGAGAAGCCAAGUUACAGGGAACCAGGCAGAGGGCCUUCUUGGUAGUGGCGCCCGCCCUGUGGAACGCCCUCCCAUCAGAUGUCAAAGAGAACAACAACUACCAGACUUUUAGAAGACAUCUGAAGGCAGCCCUCUUUAGGAAAGCUUUUAAUGUUUGAUGCAUUACUGUAUUUUAAUAUUUUGUUGGAAGCCGCCCAGAGUGGCUGGGGAAGCCCAACCAGAUGGGUGGGGUAUAAAUAGUAAAUAAUAAUAAUAAUAUAUUAAUGCAUAUACACUCAAAAAAAUGUUGUUGGAGAAAAUUAUAGGUUCUUUAAAGCUUGCCUUGAAGAAUCAUUCAUUUUUCUAUUCUCUCUCUCUCCCCCCCCCAUAUUUUACUUUCAGGAAAUGAAAACAUGGUACCAGCCUCAUGUAGAAAUAGACACAAGCAACCUGCCAGCAGCCUUGGGCAGAAGGCUUAGUCAGAGCAGUGGGACCCGUGACUUGACAGAGUUCCCAAGCAUGGAGGAAGGCUCAAUUACUGUCACCGAAGACUCCAGAACGCAGCAAGCACCCAAUGCGACACACACACGGCUGUUGGGUAUGUUCUGUAUACAGUACAGUGGUACCUUGGUUUACGAGCUUAAUCCAUUCCGGAAGUCCGUUCUUAAACCAAAGCGUUUUUAAACCAAGGCGUGCUUUCCCAUAGCAGCGGGGGACUCGGUUUACAAAUGGAACACACUCAACAGGAAGCGAAACAUGUUCUGCUUCCAAGGCAAAGUUCACAAACCAAAACAUCUACUUCCGGGUUUGCAGCGUUCUUCGUCCAAGUUGUUCAUAAACUAAGCUGUUCGUAAACCAAGGUACCACUGUACUCUUAAAUAUUUUCUUUUAUAAUUAUUUUCAUAAGCAAUGACCUUUUUUAAAGUAUGUACAUAUAUAUUUGUAGCGAAGUCACGAUUCAGGGGAAUUUCCAGGUGUUGAUCCUGGCCAUCUCGAGUUCUGUUGUUUUAUAUUGAGAGUUCACAGUUUGGAGAAGACAACAAGGGACUGAGUGCAGGUGCUUUUUACUGUGGCUUCUCUGCUGAAAUUCCAGUCUGCUUAAGUAGCAAGCAUUUCUUUUUGCUGGUAUAAAAUAUGGUUGUUGUCGUUUAGUCGUGUCCGACUCUUUGUGUCUCCAUGGACCAGAGCACGCCAGGCACUCCUGUCUUCCACUGCCUCCCGCAGUUUGGUCAAACUCAUUCUGGUAGCUUCGAGAACACUGUCCAACCAUCUCUUCCUCUGUCGUCCCCUUCUCCUUGUGCCCUCCAUCUUCCCCAACAUCAGGGUCUUUUCACUAGUUACUGCCACAGGUACCCUGCCUUGUGCUCCAGUCACAUCUCAAACUUCAUUAUCAUUUUUGUGGAUUUGAUGGUGCUAACAGGGACAGUACUGAUGACAGCAACUCCUAGAAGUUUUGAAAGCCAAGGGAAAAAAGUGGACAGUUAAUGUCACCCUUUCCCUCAAAAGUGAGGGAAUUGACAUAUUGGCAAUACAGUACUUAAUUUCUUAUCAGAUGUAAGCUUCCUAUGCUAUGGUAAGAAAAUGAAACGUUAUAUAUAAUUUAGAUAGUAGACUGUACUGUCAGAGAUAUUUGUGACCUUUAAAAAUACAGAUCUGUUCAUUUAUUAAAAUGUUGCUUACAGAUAUACCUAUUGUUAAGAGAUAGGACAGUUCCCUUGGGUUCUUAAAAAAAAACCCAAUAAAUGUAUCACUCACGUGUAAUAAACACCAGCAAUAUCAGCUAGUUUGUUAUUUCUUAUAAAAAGGCAUAAAGUUCUUAAGGCUACCUUAGUUGGGCAGUUGAAAAAAUGGGGGGGGGUUUUUAAACAAAAUACAAAUCAUCAUUAUAGUAUAGUAAGGAAAGUUUUAUUAUCUGCACUAAGAAAUAGCGUGUAGACCUUGGUAUUUAUCAUGUAAAAACAGGAUAAAUUAUUUUAUUUAAAGAAUUACCCCUGGACAAGAACCAAUAAUGUCUUUACAAGACCUCAGGUGGCAUGACUUUAAGAAGAUGAUGGUGAUGAUAAAAAAUAUUUUUUUUAUUUAUACCCUGCCCAUCUGGCUGGGUUUCCCCAGCCACUCUGGGCGGCUCACAGCAUAUAUCAGAACAUACUAAAACAUUAAACCUUAAAAACUUCCUGAUACAGGGCUGCCUUCUGAUGCCUUCUAAAAGUUGUAUGGUUGUUUAUUUCCUUGACAUCUGAUAGGAGGACAUUCCACAGGGCGGGUGCCACCGCUGAAAAGGCCCUCUGCCUGGUUCCCUGUAACCUCACUUCUCACAGGGAGGGAACCGCCAGAAGGCCUUCGGAGCUGGACCUCAAGUGUCCUGCCUAGACGACGGGGGUGGAGACGCCGCACUGGGAGCCAAUGAAGUCCCUUUAGGGCUGGUGUUAUAUGGUCCUGGCUGUCACUCCCAGUCGCCAGUCUAGCUGCCGCAUUCUGGAUUCUAUCAAGAAUGCUCACUUGGUGACAAGAUCACACAUCUACCUCCAGAUCUUUGAGCCAGCUGGGCAAAGCACAUAAUGCCAUUCAUUUCAGCUGUCACCACACUUCUUCCUUAUUAGCAUUUCAGCUGAUCAUUCCAGAAAAGGAAGGUGAGCAGGCAGGAUCCACCCACAUGCUCUCUGUGUGCAUGACAAACAGGAUUCAAAUGGAGGAAAUUAAAUAUAUAGCAUACCCAGUUAGACUGAAUUUGCAAGUUCCUAAAAUGGACUCUGGGCACUCUUUUUGACACUGGUCCAUAUUAGUCAGAUUGUGUGUUUUUUUUAAAUAGUAUUUAUUAGGGUUUUAAGUUUACAAAAAGGCAAAAGAAAACACACCAAAUUAAACAAUGACAAAACAACACAUCACAAUAAAAAAACAUAAAGAUAGAAACAAUUAAAAACAAAAAAAAUCAAACCUUCCCAUAACUUAUCUUUCAUUUGCUUGUUUCCCUGACCUCCUUAUACCUCCCUUUUUUGUAUUCUAAGUCAAUUAUCCAUUUCAGCAAAUCCUUUCCCUCUCUUCAAAAUUUUUAUCCUGAAAAUUUAUCUUGAUCUUAAUAUAAAUUUACUUUCCCUCUUUUCACCAAUUAACAGUCUAUUUUUCUUAAAUCUUUGUUACAUUUUUGCUAAAAUCACAUAGAUUCAUUCCAACAUCAUUCUAACAUUCAUUAAUUUUACAGUGUUUCUGUAAAUAGUCUUUAAAUUUCUUCCAAUCUUCCUCCACCGACUCUUCUCCCUGGUCUCGGAUUCUGCCAGUCAUUUCCGCCAGUUCCAUAUAGUCCAUCACCUUCAUCUGCCAUUCUUCCAGAGUGGGUAGAUCUUGUGUCUUCCAAUACUUUGCAGUAAGUAUUCUUGCUGCUUAUAUUAGUCAGAUUGUUUACACCCCUAUUCCUGUUCUUUUAGAUGGCAUCUCUUGAAAUUUAUCAGAAUCCUCCCUUGCCAGUAACUGUUUUUCUCUUGUGCUCCUCCAUUUUCUACUGUUGAAACAUACGGUAAGGCCAAAUAAUUUCUAGAGAUUGUUGUCCUGGCUCCUGUCCCAAGGGCAGCGACAGAGGGGCUUACCUGUGUUUAAGAUGGAAGCGUUAUUUAAGGCUUACAGCUAUUUAGGUCAGACUACAGGUACAGAUUGCCAGAGGCACUAAUAUCAGGGGUCCAAGACUGGACAAAAUUUGUGAUGUUGUCUCAACAAAUAGGCACGCCCCCUCCUGCCUUUUUUUUUAUUAACAUAUAAAACACAUGCAUAUACAUUUAUACAAUACACGUACACAACACACUACCUAAUUUUCAUAACAUAAAACAUACCUACAUUACUCUAUAUAGUACCUACCUAUACUGUACAUCUCAACAUACCUACACACCUACGCUUCACGGAAACCCACCAAGUGACUUGACUUCCAGCCGUUCUUGUUACGCUACUUUAUUUUUCCAACUAGCUUAAACACAUUUCAUUAUUUCUUUAAUCUCUUCUUCUAUCUUAACUUUACUCUCCUUUCACUCUAAUCUUUUUCUGGAUUCACUCAGUAUCUGUCAGAAAUUCUACUUUCUCCACAUAAAUUUUGAUGUAUUCCUUAAAGAUAGCCCACUCCUUAGUCACUUUUUGUCCCAUAUCUCCUCUUAUCCUCCCUGUUAGUUCGUCAAUAUGGAAGUAUUCCAUCAUUUUAGAUAACCAGUCUGUUUUAGUUGGGACGCUGCCGCUUUUCCAAUUUUUGCCGGUUUUUAAAAGUAAGACAUGGUGCACUCACUUGAGAAAUUCUCUUGCCACUAGGCUGGUGGGCUUGGUGGUACAUGUUUCUCCAGAUGGGGGGCACGGUUCUGCUUCCAGCAGCAGAGGUGGUGCCAAGCUCUUGGUGAUGGAACGGAGCUCAGCCCCUCAUACCCCUUCCUUCAGUUGUUCAACCUCCCCCUUCCCAGCCUCUUUAAGGGAAAAGGAGGUGAGUCCCCUUCCUCUCCUUCGGGCCCCUCCCCACUGACAACAUUGUCUGUGCUUUCCCUCCUCUUCUUCUGACAGCAAAUUGCACCUUGAACCCAUCAGGAUUGUGGCGUUCAUGACAAUUCUUCCUCCCCUGAGGUAUCAAGAGGAUGAAGUUUGUGUGCCAGUUUGAGCUUGUGCUCUCUCUCUUUUUACCUUUUUAAUCAGUAUUACUUAGCUAGGUUUUAUUGGGCAAUGGAUGCUGCUCUCGUCUUCAGUGUCACACAGAAUUUUUUUUAAAAAAAUUGCUAGUGCACUUGCAAAGCUAAGCAGGGUCUGGCAUGGUUUCAAAUUGGACGGGUGACCAUGUAUUGAGAUUCCUUCCUCUCAGUGGGUUGGACUAGAUGAUCCUCUGGGUCCCUUCCAACGCUACAAUUAUUCUAUGGUUCUACAAGUGACUUCCAAAGUGUACAAGUGAGAGACAGACUACAAGAACCAGGCAGUAACUGACAUCACCCAGUUACCUCUGCCUCUCCAUGAGGGGAAUGCAAGUGGUCUGAGAAAAUUCUGUAUUUGUGAUUGGAUCUAGACAUGCCUGUGUUCGCAUGUAAAGAGCUUCCAAAUGCAUUGUGGUGGGGUGGCUGAUCUCCCCUCAUUUCCAAUAGCAGCCCUAUAUACUUUAGCCCUAAACAACAGAGCCUAGAACUUGCCGAUCGGAAGGUCGGCGGUUCGAAUCCCCGUGACGGGGUGAGCUCCCGUUGCUCGGUCCCAGCUCCUGCCAACCUAGCAGUUUGAAAGCACCUCAAAGUGCAAGUAGAUAAAUAGGUACCACUCCAGCGGGAAGGUAAAUGGCGUUUCCUUGCGCUGCUCUGGUUUUGCCAGUAGCGGCUUAGUCAUGCUGGCCACAUGACCCGGAAAGACUGUCUGCGGACAAACGUCAGCUCCCUCGGCCAGUAAAGCGAGAUGAGUCUUUCAUGACUGGACUUAACUGUCAGGGGUCCUUUACCUUUUUAUACAUUAGGGGAUGCUUGUCUGGAGGGCCCCUCGUCUUCAGGGGGGUUGUGAGUGUGUGGGCUACUACAUAACAGAAAGGAGCUACGAAGCCGCUGAGUGUAUAGGGAAGAUGGCAUAUACUGCUUUGGAUCGGGGCCCUGUUCCUUAUGUAACACCAUGCCUCAGCUCAGCCAGGGUGGGUACCGGCAGAAUUAAAAUAGACAUAACAGCCCUUUAGAAAUGUAAAUGCUAAAAAUGAACACAUAUGCAAAAUAUGAUUAUAAUAUGACUAAGGGUGUUAUAUUUGGAUUAUAUAGUACACGUUCUUUGUAGCAGUCAGACAUUUUAGAAAUUUUAAAAAGACAUUGAGAACGAUAUGCCACCUACACUCUGAUCUCUCCCUGCUGCUUCAUAUUCUGACUGCUGGUGGCAGCUCCUGCUCCCAGUUUAGCUUCAGCAUUUAGUCAUUGGCAGGCUUGAAUUUCCAAUUGUGACUGCUGGAUGGUUCGGUGAAUAUUGCUCACAGAGUCGGAAUCUGAUAAUGGGUAGUUAAGCAUUUCAGUUGAUUUGAACUGGAACAUGGGGCAUAAUUCUCUUGCUGUGCUUGAAGAACUGUGAUUAUUUGUUAGUUCUUCCCUGGAGUUUCUACCUGAUCUUCCUCUGUCUCCUCUAGCGACUAGCAUUGCUGGCAUCUAAACAUGCGCGUAGCAGAGUGCCUGACUAUAUGUGCAUCAAUAGUUUAUUUUGUUAAUAUCCCAAAUAGCUCAAGGCAGCAUAUAUGGGCUCGUAUUGUUUGAGCUGGCAAGAGAAACUGGUGCGUAGAGAAACUAUGCAGUUGGGAAUCGCAUAAAGAUGCUUAGGUUGGAGCGGCUUAAGAUGGGCUUUGUCUGUGUUUGCAUUAUCUAGCACCUUGAGACUUCCCGUGUAAAAGGGAUGAGUACUCCUUUCCCCCACCCACUUCACAUAUAUCAAACUGUUUCUCUUAUUCAAUGCAGCUACCUCAGCCAGGGAACCUAUUUGUUGUUGUGUGAGGCAUCAGUUUCCACAGCUUUAUAUAAUUCCUCUUAAUGACUCCUUUUCUUUAAUGCAUUUGCAGUUUGAUCUCCUGUCAAAACCUGUGAAUCUGAUCUGCAGUGAAAUUGGAGUGGGGUAGAUUGGUUGGUAAGGGCGAUGCUUUCCUGGGGAUUAUUCUUUCCCCAGGUUCCUUGAUCUCAUUGUCCCUGAGCCUUUAUGGCUUGCUGGGUGUGAGUCACCGUAAGAAUCUUUCUUCUUUUCUUUGCCUUUCCCUUUCCUUUGCUGCACAUAUAUUUUCCCUUCAGUCCCGGCUUUAAAAGGGUCCUGGCCAUUUAAAACAUUUUGACUAAGAGAGGGGGAAAUUGGAUGCACAGCUCUAAAGGUUGCACCCUGAGGGUAGCGGCUGCCGUAAUGGAAGUGGCAGGAUUGAGAGUGGGGUGCGGAGAGCAUAGAGAGGCCCAUGGUGUAAGUGGAAGUGGAAAAACUAGUGGUGUAGUCUAUGAGCAGUGUUACUCACUCAAGAGGAGUAGGCAAAUGCCAAAUCAGAUGACUGGAGUGAUGGUGAUUCUGCAUAUUUAGCAAACUAGGUAGCAGGCAACUACUGAUGAGUGAAAGGGACGCUUUUGCUCUGAAAACCUCUCCACCCACCCACCCAAAAAAGAUUCAGUUCAUUUCCAGCUCAUUUCCUCACUCCCAAGAGAAUGAUAUCCACUAUCCAUUCAUUGGACUAUACUUGUAGUAGUGAGUGUGUACACUAAAUAAAACGGUUGAAUCACGUGUCAAAAGGUUGGAGGGGAGUGCCUUGCUGUAUUGCAUAUGGAAAUACUGGAAUGUUUUUUUCCCCUUCGCUUUUUCCUAAAAGUAUUCAUUAUGACAUCAUAAUUGAGGCAUCAUUUACAGUCUUUUUGAAAAAGUAUUUUCUAAUGGCAAUGCAUUAAUUAAUAUAGCAAAUUGAAAACAAAGAAGGGCUCUGCUCAGGUUUUGCCUCCAUCUCUAAAUGCUCAGCAAACAGCAUUCUGAUUUCUGACUUUCACAUUUGUCAGCAUCAGGAUGUAAGAUGAUGCAGGAUCAGGUUUGCUUGCUGGGGAAAUUUAGCUAUGAAUGAGGGAGGCGACCUUCAGAAUUGACAGUGGGAAGAAGAAUUGCUCUUCUUUUGCACCAGACACCCAAAGAUGGUGUGGCUGGUAUCAUUUGCUGCUCUGGGACCUAACAGGUCUCCCCACAGAACACUACUGUUAACGUUUCCCCAAAACCAUCACAAGCAGCAAGAGUUGAGAUGAUGAUUUUGCAGUUCCCCAGAGAAAAGCAAAGCUCCAUUAAUUUUUCCAGCCAACAUAAAAUUUAAUAGGUUUUCAGUGUAACUUGUGAAUAACCUGAUUUAGAUUGUGUAAUGGAAUAGCUGAUGGAUUUUGUUUCUGAGAUGACUAAUAUUGCUAGGUAUUGUACAUGGAUUAGAAAGGCUUGUAUCUGAUUUGGGGUGGCAGAAAAGGCAAUGAUUAUGUGUUCCUCUUCCCAUCCUUCACCCUGCUCCAAAGAAAGGGCUCUUUGGAGCCAUCCUGCCGAAAUCCUUGGUAACUUUUAAACCAGGCAGGCAUAACAAUGAAUAAUGGUGUACAAAAACCUUGGACCUCACUUCAGGAUAGGUUGGAAUAAUAAUAAUAAUAAUAAUAAUAAUAAUAGUAGUAGUAGUAGUAGUAGUAGUAGUAGUUUAUUUAUACCCUGCCCAUCUGGCUGGGCUUCCCCAGCCACUCUGGGUGGCUUCCAACAAAACAGUAAAAUACAGUAAUGCAUCAAACAUUAAAAGCUUCCCUAAACAGGACUGCCUUCAGAUGUCUUCUAAAAGUCUGGUAGUUGUUGUUCUCUUUGACAUCUGGUGGGAGGGCGUUCCACAGGGCAGGUGCCACCACCGAGAAGGCCCUCUGCCUGGUUCCCUGUAACUUGGCUUCUUGCAGUGAUGGAACCACCAGAAAGCCCUCUGCGCUGGACCUCAGUGUCUGGGUAGAAUGAUGGGGGUGGAGACGCUCCUUCAGAUAUACUGGACCGAGGCCAUUUAGGGCUUUAAAGGUCAGCACCAACACUUUGAAUUGUGCUCGGAAACGUACCGGGAGCCAAGUGUUGGGCAAGUAACACAGUUUGAGGCCCACUAUCUUCAAGACUUACAGAGAAGAGAAUGCAUUAAAAAGCAUGUGUUCAAACUCUGUGACAUCUGAAAGGUUGAAUUUGCAAUUUUGAGGUAUUGGGUCUCGUAACAUCCGCUACUGGUUGUCUACCCCUGUGUUAAGGGAGGAAAUACACAGUGCCUUCCAGCUACAACUGGCAGCCAGCCAUCUUUGCAUGAGCUUUAUGCAAAAAGCAGCCUAAUGUGAAAUCAGCUGCCGUAUUCCAGCUCAUGAGAUUUCCAGUGCUGUCUGAGAUGCUGAAGAAGUUGCCCAUCUCUGGUUUGAUUCACUGACCUUCUUUUGAAAUGUGAGGUAGUGAAACAUGGCUGUGUUUCAAGCAUCCUUUACUUGGGAGUUUGAUAUUUGGGGGAAGGAGGAAUUUCUUUGCUGGACAUAUGUGUGACUCUGCUAGGUUGUCCUCUUGAGUGGGUCUUCCAAGCCCCCUCACGCUUUGUGUUUGGCAUCAGUUAACUCAUUUGAAAAUAUGGAAGUGUAUUUUGGCCUAAGAAAUGAGGCGGUCUGUGAUAAGAUUUGUAACAUUCAGCGAUGAAGCAUAUCCUUUUAGUUAUUGCUGCAAGUUUUGCUUGUCCUCCCUUAGCUGCCAUUUUCCUAAAACUAAAAAGCCUUGAAUGUUACAGUCUUUCCUCGCAGGGAAAGGUGCUUAAGCGUUAUGAUCAUUUUGGUUGACAUUUUCUGCAUCUUUUCUACCUCUGUAUAAAUACCCUUUUUGAGGUAUUGUGACCUGAAUUGUACACAGACCAUGUCAUAGAUAUUUGCAUAAGGGCAUUAUGAUACUAUACUGGGGUUUUUAUUUUUAUUCCCUUUUCUGAUAACCUGUGGUGCAGAAUUUGCCCUUUUCAUAGCUCCGUGAGAAUGUGCUCUGCUUAGUCAGGGCCUGAAAAACUUCUUCCACAUUAAGUGCAUUAAGCUUUAAGACUUCUCAAGAUUCUCUGUUGUGUUUUCUGUAGCAUUUAAACAGGAAAGUUGUAAAGCACCUGCAACAUUGAACAACUGUGUGAAACUUUAUAUUCAACAAUAACCUUUGUCCCUUAUUUUUAAUGACUCAUUUUGUAUAAAAUGCAUUGAGGGUAUUAAUAUUUUGCUGGAUGAAUAGAGAAUACUGAGUUGUAUAAGGCACAUUUUGUUCCUUUUAACAGUAUAGUACAGAAGGGGAAAGAGAAGGAUGGAGAGGCAGAAAAUGGACCUUUUGUUUUUGAUGCUUUUUCUUACUUGCAACCUGGUUGCUGGGAAACUCACAACACAAUACAAGGUUAUAUUAGCUUGUUGCAAGCUCUUGGAAACAGUGGCAUAUUCAAGGCAUUGCUAUUUCUGGCAUUUUGGUUAUAGCCUAUCUACCUUGGGUUGAAUAUUCAAAUUCUGUAUCAGGCCAAGAAAUCCUCCAUUUUGUAACAGGAUGCAUCCUGAAAAUGAAAGAAACCCGCACAAACCUGCUUCUGUGCGAUACGUUUUCAAAGCUCUUUUAAAUAUUUUGGCAGGCUUGACCGGCGGUCAGGAAGAGGUGGUGCAAGCAGGGAGACUGAAAUGGGCAUAAGUUGCAGGAACUAUUCCCCAAGGGUGAGGGACUAUACCUUCCCAAAGCGUUGGAGCCCCGUCACCAACACUGCCUCUCAUCUCCCAUUCUCACCCCAGUCGUGGCUUCUGAGGUUCCCAGGCACUUCCAUGUGGCUUGGUUUCGUUAGCCUUUCUUGAUACAUAAACAUUUCUUUUAUAAACAUGAAAACAGAAGAGCUUAAGUUGGUGAAUUCUGUGUUUGAAAGGUAAAUAGCAGAUCUAGCCUCCAAAGCAUUUUUUUUUCUGGCCCUGGAUAGAUCUAUGAGAUUUGGAUCAAGGUGUAGGUCAUGGGUAGGCAACCUAAGGCCCAGGGAUGCAUCUCUGGGUUAUUUGUGGGGCCUGCCUGGUGUUUUUACAUGAGUAAAAUGUGUGCUUUUAUUUAAAAUGCAUCUCUGGGUAAUUUGUGGGGCAUAGGAAUUUGUUGAUUCCCCCCCCCAUAUAGUCUGCCCCCCCAACGUCUGAGGGACAGUGGACCAGCCCCCUGCUGAAAACGUUUGCUGACCCCUGGUGUAGGUUGUUAAAACAGACAGACAGACAAAACAAAACAAAACAAAACCUUUUUCCAAAAGCUGGAAGGUGAGACACUGCACUUGUGGUGUAUCUUUUUUGCUUCUUACGAAGUGCCCCAGCUUUGCCGUAGGCCAGGGGUCGAUAACCUAAGGCCCAUGGGCCACAAGCAGCCCAUGGGGGUCAUUUUACUGGCCCCUGCGCUGAAAAUUGCAUCUGUGCAGACGCUGGAAAUCACAGGUGCACGCGUGAUCUGGCCCACAGAGGGGCAGUGAACUGGCCCAGGCAAGGUAAGCCUUGCUGACCACUGCCGUAGGCUUUGUGUUCUCCAAAAUCAAACAUAUUCUAUGAUCCCCAAGGACAUGCUCUAUGGAGAUCUGGCUUCAGGCACCGGGCCCAUUGGCAGACCAUCUCUGUGUCACAAAGAUUUCUUCAAACGCAACACGAAGUCUGCCUUCAUGUGCUCCAGCUGCAACAAAACAUGUCUCUCCCGUAUCGUUCUCUACAGGCAUAGCAGGCAAUGCAACCUUCCAACAGUUUGACUUCACCCCCAAAAGCACACUUCCAUUGUCUCUCGAGACAGAUGGAUGCCAAGCAACUCUAUGAUCAAAUUAUUCUACAGACUGUGGAUAGAUUGGCGGGGGGCUUCUACAUCAACAUUUUUAUGAUUAUUGAAGCGUUUUCUUGCUUACUUAAAAGUAACAGAUAAGAAAACCAUGUAUUAAGACCUUAUAUGACAGAAAAAAGUCAUUGAUUUCUAAUUUGCAUUUCAUUUGACCCAUUAUGCAUUAGAUCAUCCUACUUGGUGAAGCUUGGGGGUUUUUUUCCAUUAAAAGAUUUAAAACUCUUUUUGUACUGUUUAAAAUAAUCCUUCUUGCUGAGUUAAUGGCAAAAAUGAAUUUCUUUAAGUAAGCUUGCUGCCUUCCUCCGAAGAGCAGAACAGCUAUUAGGAACCACCAAAAUUAGAUUGGGCAUAUGUGCAUGAGCUUCAUUGAAAUAUGGGCAGGAUUUCAGGUUAUAGAUGUUAACGUUGAUUAUCAGGUCUCCAAUUGGUGUAUGCUCAAAAGGGGAUGCAAAGUUCAUUGAGUUACAUACACGUAAAUGUUUCUCUCAGACAUUUGAGGCUUUUUUCUGAGAGGAGGCAUGUCACACAUUCCCCUAAAGCUGUACCAUAAAAUUUAUUUUAAAGUUUUUUUUAUGUUAGAAACGACUAUACCAUAUGUGAAAUCUGUGUUUUUCAGUCUGAUUCAUCUUUAGCCAUUUAAAGUUGCUGUAUUACACAUUUUCAACCAUAUUUGGUUUUUUAAGCUCUUGCCAGUUGGCAGGGCACUUGCAUUAGUAAGGCUUUGAUUAGCAAGCCAUGACUUUUCAGUCUUGCCACAUAACCAUUGUGUUUGUAAUGUUGACAGAAGCUGAGGACAGUCGCCUCUCUCCCAACCUCCCACUGAUGACAACAUACUCAACGCAAGGCCGAACAUUCUUCAACGAGACCCUCUUUCAGCAAACCGGAACAGAUUUUGCUCCUUUGAGGUGGGGUAAACCUAUUGUACUCUGUUAGCUGUGUUGUUUAAUGCACUGAGCACAAGAUGGAGUGCAUUCUUCUCCCCAUUUUAUCCUCCCAACAACCCGAUGAAGUAGAUUAGGCAGAGAGGCUGUCUGGCCUAAGGUCAACCCAGUGAGCUUCAUGGCUGAGUGGGGAUUUGAACCCGGCUCUCCCAGUUCCUAGUCCAGUGCUUUAACCGCUGCAGCACCACUGGAUUUUUCAUUCUAGUACUGCUUCAGCCAAAGGGGUCCACCUUCACCCCCCAAAAACCAUUAGAAGGCCAGAAGCUCAUCCUAACAAAAUCAUGCCUGUAUGUUGUCAGAGGGGUGGUGCUGUGGUCUAAACCACUGAGCCUCUUGGGCUUGCCGAUCAGAAGUUCGGCAGUUUGAAUCCCCGCGACGGGGUGAGCUCCCGUUGCUCUGUCCCAGCUCCUGCCAACCUAGCAGUUCGAAAGCACAUCAAAGUGCAAGUAGAUCAAUAGGUACCGCUCCGGCGGGAAGGUACCGUAUUUUUCACUCUAUAAGACGCAGCAGACCAUAAGACGCACCUAGUUUUUGGAGGAAAACAAGAAAAAAAAUAUUCUGAAUCUCAGAAGCCAGAACAGCAAGAGGGAUUGCUGCGCAGUGAAAGCAGCAAUCCCUCUUGCUUCUCUGGCUUCUGGGAUAGUUGCGCAGCCUGCAUUCGCUCCAUAAGACGCACACACAUUUCCCCUUACUUUUUAGGAGGGAAAAAGUGAGUCUUAUAGAGCAAAAAAUACGGUAAAUGGCGUUUCCGUGCGCUGCUCUGCUCUGCCAGAAGCGGCUUAGUCAUGCUGGCCACAUGACCCGGAAGCUGUACGCCGGCUCCCUCGGCCAAUAAAGCGAGAUGAGCGCCGCAACCCCAGAGUCGUCCGUGACUGGACCUAACGGUCAGGGGUCCCUUUUAUGUUGUCAGAGACAGUGACUUAUUAAAGUCCCUUUUUGAAGGGGAAUAUUGAGCUGCGUUGGACCUGGAAAUCUUUUCUCUCUGGGUUCUGCUAGACCGCAAUGCAGGAUUGUAAUUCUGGCCCCCCACCCCCAAUUCUCUUUCAGAGGGACUCCAGAUGCUUCUAAUGUUGCUUCCGAAGAGUCUUCAAGCCAUUUGCGGAUGAGUGAAGCUGUGCGGCUGGCAGCCACAGAUGUCAGCUCAGACUCUUCUCUUCUCUCCGAUUACUUUAAACUGUCUCAGCAUCCCUUGGCUUUCAGCAGCAUGGCACCUAGCAAUACCAGCCUUGGCAGUUGUCUAUCCCAGCAUCCCCUUUCAUUUUCUGGGCCCUCUCCCAGGGAACAGGCUCCUCAUAGUGAGCAGCAUACACAACACCUUGAUGCAAGGACUGAAACCUUGGGCUCCAGCAAUGAGAAUUUGGGAAUCCCAGGUUCACAGAAGCAGCUAAAUCUGCAGUCGGCAACGUCUCUUCCUCCGAAUGAGUCUUGGGGACAGGAUCUGUUCCUUUUGGACAGCCGUGUGCCAGCACCUGUCCUCCUUGAAAUUCUGGAGAAAGAGGUGGGGCUAUCCAAGCAUUCUGGCUUCUUAUCUUCCGAGAGUUCGUCUGGCAAAAGUGUUUUGGGAAAGGAUCCAGUUGAAAACGAAAUGAGCCCCCUAAUGGAAAAUGUAGUUCUUGGGGAAAGGGAGUUGGAAACCUUUGCAGAACCACCUGGGCAAGAAAGAAGAACUGUUCCUGAGUGUGAUUCGUUGAACGCACUCUCUUAUUCGGAGGGAAAGCCCUUUAGAAAUACCGGUAAUUCAGAACAAUUAUCUUCAGACAUUUCAAAUGUGUCCUUCAGGGGGCAAAGGAUGGGUUUGGGUGAUUCUUGCAUCAUCCCUGGGUUAUCUUCAAACCCUCUUCUGAGCAAGCAGGAGUUGCAGCAUGUUUCUGAAGCUGCAUUUGAGGAGCAAAAGAAGCUUGUUCCGGCUUUUGCUAACGCUAAACUUCAUGUCCCUGCACCCCACCAGCCAGUCUUUGUAGCUGCAGAGCAUGGCAAUAUCCGUAACAUGGUAGAAAUCCAGAUGGGAGACAAAAGUGAAUUAAUGCAUUCAGACUUCAGUAUAGAGAGGGAACAUAAAGAUGUCGGAAUUUCACCUUCCUUCAACGAGGGAUCAUUCAUUUUACAUCUGGCACAUCCCGUUCAUCAUUCUACUCCAGGAAUUUUUACAACUAGAAGUUUGACUCGGGAAGUUCCUGCUAUGACAUACCCGGUCAAAGCUGUUCUUCAGUCCUCUCUCCCUUGCUUACACGAGGAGUUCUCAAAUAACUCUUGUUCCAAUACAUUCCUUCCUUCCGUGGAAGAGCCUCGCGUACCUUCUCUGGAUGAUACUUGCAUACCCUCUGCGGGAGAGCCGCUUGCCCUGCAAAGCGGCCAAGCAUCAAAAGAUGAAAACAGUGGUGGUCUCCAGGUUCUAUAUCCUCUUAAAGGCAGGAUUCAGUCUCUACCUUCUCUCAACUUUAUGGAGAAGGUUGGGGCAUGGAACAUGAGUCAUUCAGCUGAGAGGAUGUCUGAUGCCUUGGCUUUACAUGGCUCAAGUGGCGUUUCUCCUAGGCAGAAGGCCUACAGUGCAAUAGCAGAUUCCUUGAACCACAUUUUGUUAAAGCAGCAGAGCCAGGCUGAUCUUAAGGCAGGGCUGGCAGCAUCCUUUUAUGGGCCAAACUCCAUGACCAACCUGCAUGUUUAUGAUAAAAACCCACCACAGGUGCUGCCACUUACCAGGUCUCAGUCUGAAAACUCUGUGGUCGCAAUCAGCAGAGAGAUGCCAAGGGCUGAAGUGGGUCAUGAAACGUCCCACAGUGAAGAUCUUCAUCCAGUAGAAGAUCAGGGAAGAGUUUCAGGAGCGUCUGGAGUCAAGCAGAGUGAUGCUAACAUUGAGGAUGCACAUUCCCAACAUUAUACAGCUGUUCUAGUCUCCACUGUCUCCAGUGAUGAAGAAAUCGGUGAAAGUGCCACUGGAGGAAAUCCAGAUAAUUUUAUUUCCAGUGAAAGAGUUGCUGAACUCCUCAGAGAAGACGCCAGCUUUCUUAGUGGUAGUCAAGAAAAGACAGAUGGCUGUCAAGAUAAUACCAGAGAAUUGACAGGUUUUCUUCCUUGUACCAACCAGAUCAGUUUGGGCCAUUUUAGUGAUGUUUCACCAGAUAGCUUGAAUCAAAGAACUAGUCCUGGGACAGGCAGCUGUGGUGACUUGCGACUUUCUUCAAGACAGUCUUCAAGACGCUCUUCAGUGCGAUCUUCAGUUGUUUCUGGAAAGUUGCAUAGCAGUUUGGAAGAAGUAUUCAAAACUCCAUAUGACAGGGAGAUAAACAUCGAAGAAAGAAUACCUGUAAGUUAAUUUUGCCACAAUAUUUUAAAACAUCCUUGUUUGCAGUUACAGUUGGUACACUUGCUCCACAGCCAUCUUAUCUUAUGGUAUACCUAUAGUGCAUACGCAUGAAUUCCUUGGGGGUCUUUCUACUCUGUUAACCGUUGGAGACAGGCAUGCAUGGUACUUUUUGCCAAAUACUUCUCCUUCCAUCGAAAUAGAUGUCCUUAUCUCCACAUGUACGGAAGGGACAGGAGUCUUGAACCAAGGAGGGGGUGGGUAAUUGGAUCUUUCUAGUAUUGGCAUUAGCACUGAAACCAAGGAGCCAGUGUCAACAGUAAUGGAACAUACAAACAUAGAAAGGUCAAUUACAUAGGUAGCAUUUAUACCAGAAUAGCAACUACAGUACAGUGGUACCUUGGGUUAAGUAUUUAAUUCAUUCUGGAGGUCUGUUCUUAACCUGAAACUGUUCUUAACCUGAAGCAAUACAUUAGCUAAUGGGGCCUCCCGCUGCCGCCGCGCCGCUGGAGCAUGAUUUCUGUUCUCAUCCUGAAGCAAAGUUCUUAACCCGAGGUAAUAUUUCUGGGUUAGCGGAGUCUGUAAUCUGAAGCGUAUGUAACCUGAAGCGUAUGUAACCCGAGGUACCACUGUACUUAGUUAAAUCUGUAGAAGGGACUGAAACUGGACUCUACCGUGGCAGAUAGGAGCUUCAGAGUGGAAAUAUCCUUCAAAUAGGAAUCAUCCUGCAUGUACAAAAUUGAGCAUGUCAGAGAGAAUCUUCUAUCCCAGACAUUUUUGGAUGUGCCCAGUGCCUUAUGGUGCCUAAGGAUAUAUAUUUUAUAUAUUUUGUCACUUUGAAAAUAGGAAAAAUAAAACUGUAAAUUAGAAACCACCAUUGUGGUGAAAGAAAAGGACAAAAAAGUAAAAUAUAUAUAUAUAGACCUCAGCAUUGUCAUGGGAAACAGAGAAAAUAUGCUUUGGAGUGGUAAAAAAUUAAGUAAUUAGUUCCUUUUUCAAAGAAAAUAACUUCAUUAGCUGUUUCCUGAGUUCCCCCCAUAUCUGCCUACUAGUAAGAUCUGCUAAUCCUUCCCCCUGCCCUUGUUCUUCUCAAUGUGUCACAUUUUGAAGCAUUCCAAACAAAAUGUCUGAAAAAUGGUCUUCCUUUGUGGCAUAGUAAAUUGCCCAAUUUUUAUCAAGGGUGGAUGGGAGGAAGGCAGCUUUGGACAAAUUAUCACGUACAUAAAACUGAGGCCUUACGGUCUUUCGGUGAGGACUGUUGUGUAACAAGAAUGCACAAGCCAUUCCUUGUAAGAUGGAUUGUAUAGGGCAUAUGCUGAGGUUGUUGGCCUGACAGAAGAAGUGAAUCAGUGUCUUUGCAAUUGGAAGAACAAGACAGGAUGGCUAAGUGGUGAGGAGCUUAAUGUUUUCUGACUAUUGCAUUGAAGAGCUGUCUGUGACCUUCCAGUCUCUUCCUUCUGGGCAGACAUACUGAGAUACUCCUUGCCAGAAAUCUACUCUGUGACACAAGCCCAGCUUUUAGUGGAGUCUAAGGGAGAAAAUUAUUCACACCCACAUGUCUCUAACAACAGAAGAAGCUGGUACAACAAACUCCUGGCAAAGCACAUUUCAGACCCUAUAAAUAUUCUAUUCUUUUCAAGUUAUCUCUAGCACGAAAGCAUGCAAACUGCUGACAUGGAAUGAAUGCCCACCUGCCUUUUUAACAGCAGCGCCUGAAAAUUGGUCUUUGGUAAUAAAAGAAUUACUUUGAUGGUGGCUGCCUGUUAAUAUUUGCCCUUGUGGGUUCCUGGAAUAAAUACAUGCUCAUUUAUGAAUUUGUGAGACUUUUGGAAUAAGCAGUUUUCUAUCCCUGUUACCUUUUUUUUUUUUUUGUGCCAGAUUUUCCUGCUGUACCAGUUUGGUCUUUCAAGAAAUGUAGACCCCCCACCCACCCCAAAUGGCGCAAGAGGGGCAGGACAAAGAUGAGGAAAGGUUUCCUCUUUUUAUAUUCCCUCCCCACCAAUCUUCUUGCCAGGUCUAACUAGGGGAAUCCGAGUGAGAAAGCAGUUUUCCAUGUUCUUAUCACUUGCUGGAGCAGGACCCACAGACAUGAGCGUGCACCUGCCUGUUUGUGGAAAUGUGAUCUGUUUACACUGCGCUGCUUGCAGUAGAAAGCACACUUAGGAUGGGGAUACCUAUAGCUCCUUCACUUGAUCCAAAACCUGGUGUAUUAGAGCAGAUGGGCUGCAUCAACUCUCAGAUGUCAGAUGUCAAAUAUUUCAGAUGUCAAACAGCUACCUGACAUUUAGAAGACAUCUGAAGGCAGCCCUGUUCAGGGAAGUUUUUAAUGUGUGACAUUUUAAUGUAUUUUUAAUCUUUGUUGGAAGCCACCCAGAGUGGCUGGGGAAACCCAGCCAGAUGGGUGGGGUACAAAUAAUAAAUUAAUAUUAUUAUUAUUAUCCUCUGGCUUAGAAAGGGGCAACCCUGCUCCCAUUACAGUUCAAAGGCCCCAGGGUGAGUAGAGUUAGUCUCAGAGAAAGCAAGGCUAUUCCCUCCUUCCCUUUCAGACCCAUGCAGAAAGGAAACAAGUGGCUUGCUUCUUUUCAGCCUGACUCCCAGAACUCAUGCCUGCAUACCACCCUGUCCUGUCAGUGUUUGCAAAUAUAGUGCAACAACAUACACAUUGGCCUUACCAGCUCAGAAAUAAUUCCACACCUCUAAACGUGGCAAUUGGCAUAUGCAGACCCUUUCUAAGGGGAAAUGUAAUUUUGUGCAUCUAUGCCCUGGCCUGCUUUGGGGGGGGGGGACUGGAAGAAUACAUGUUCAUAACUCCCCCUAACCCCCUAGUUUUGCACAUUUUGUGGCUGUUGUUUCCCCCAGCCUGUUGCUACUUCAGGGCAGGGAAGAGCAGAUGAGUCCCUGUUGCUGAUGAAACUGAGCUAAGGCUCCCUUCAAAUGUAAUGCCCAUUUCGCUGGAAGUCGUGCUGUGCAAAAGAGUAAUAAUCCCUGCAUACCAGUGCCUAGACAAGGAAGUCUCUUCCCUUUUUGACACCUAUUGGCCUGGAAAAGGUGGCCUGGCACCUUUUCAUUAAGAGGUGUGAGAAAUACCUAAAGGUUGAGGGUUUAUUUACAAAAAUGUUCGUUGGAUCCCUGUGGUUGGCAUCUGAGAUUCAGCCACCUUGCCUGCAGUCUUUGAGGGAAUUUGUCUUGUAAAUCAGUGCCAGGACCGAUUUAUCAGAAUAAAUCAUGCAUUUAAUAUACACAGAUGUGACAGAUUUUCCUUUCCGUGAUUUCGCCUUCAUUUCCAAAUAUAGUUUAGGUAUCAGGUAAUUAAUGUCUUUCUGGCAAGGAAGAAACAUGGUGUGCCUGCUGUGGAAGGGCUUUUAAUUUUGCUGGAAAAAAAGGGCUGUGAGUGGUUGCUUAUUUGGGCUUUUAAAGGAAUGUGGAGGGGUGUGUGUGUGUGUGUGUGUGUGUGUGCAUGUGUGCUUGCACCAUAACCGAAUCCGGUUAAAUACAGUUGUGAGCAUGAAAGUAGGUUUCUCAGAGUUUUAUAGUACCUUCCUCUCCAAUGAAGGUACAGGUGUGGCCAAACUCUGGGAAACUAGAUCCUACUGAGCUGCCCAGAGUGGUUGGAGAAACCCAGUCAGAUGGGUGGGGUAUAAAUAAUAAAAUUACUACUACUGGACUACAGUUCCCAUCACCCCUUGCCAUUUACCAUGCUGGCUGGGGCUGAUGCGAGCUGAAAUCCAACUGUGUCUGUAGGGUCACCAGUUCCCCACCCUGAAACAGAAGUUUUGUAGUGUUGGUGAUUGAAUGAACAGAAUCCGAAUGAACAGAUUCCCACGCUGUGUGUUGUCGAGAGUUGCAUGUGGAAUUAUUUCUGCCUUUCAGGUUUUGUGCUGUUUAUGUGGGAUGGUGGUGGUUGGCAAAAUUUUUAUUUGUACAUGGCAGUCCUUCCUUGACUGCUGCCCUAGAUUAACCGUGUUCACUUCUUGCAUCAGGUCUACCUCCAUAACCUGGGCAUUGAUCAGUCACCUUCGUCCAUUCUGACUCCAUUUAUGCCCCGAGGACCAGUCAGAGAAAUAGAAUUCUCUCCCACUGAGCUGAGAACACUGAAGACGUCCAAUGAUUUGUUAGCGCGACGCCUGCAGUUAUCGGAAGGUAAGGGCGGGAAAUGAAUCGGCUUCAUUUGUGGAAGAUAGGUGGGUCUGUCAGCAGCUAAUAGCCAUCAUCACUAACGGUAGUUGUUGGGGAAGGCAGUUACCCUCAUGCCGUGUUUGUGGACUUCCCAGCAGCUCCUGACUGGCCACUGGAAAUCUCAGCUAGAUGGAGCCACCUCCUAAACCCCCCUCUCAAGGCAGCUUGAAAGCACAAAAACAACCUAAACAUUUGAAGUGAACACCCUAACAAAUAAACACUGGUGGCAAAGAUCCGCUUGCCCAACUGGGAAAGUCCGUCAGAAUGGACUCUCAGUUUCUGGAAACUGCAGACAGUGGGUGCCUGUCCUAUCUUGGCAGGAAUGCUGCUCCAUAGAACAGGGUCAACCACACUAAAAGCCCUGUCCGUGUUACUCUGUGGGUCAUAUGGGUUUCUCCUGCUGCUCAUGACACUGGUAAAGACUUUGAUGUGAAUCUUCUUUCCAGGUGUUCACACUUUAUUUGCAGUGAAGCUACCUUUUUGACUUCCUAUUUCUGAAAGGUGAUCUGACAAGAGUCCCUUGUUCAUUAGGGUUUCCCGAAUUUGGCAGCAAUCUUCCAGUUUUCUUACAUAAAAUUUCGAGCAGCUCUUUACCUGUCUUUGAGAAAAACACUGAUAAACACUGCCUGUACUUUCAGUUAUCUUUUAACCCUGGGUCAUCAGACGGUCAUUUUUUAGCACUAUCUUCCUUCCCAUGCCAUAUGGAAACAGACCAAUAAGCAACUGGGAAGCUUUUAAAUGGGGUAUGUUGGUGAACCUGACUCUGGUGGUAAAAGGUAAAGGUAAAGGGACCCCUGACCGUUAGUUCCAGUCGCGGAUGACUCUGGGGUUGCGGCGCUCAUCUCGCUUUAUUGGCCGAGGGAGCCGGCGUACAGCUUCCGGAUCAUGUGGCCAGCAUGACUAAGCCGCCUCUGGCGAACUAGAGCAGCACACAGAAAUGCCGUUUCCCUUCCCGCUGGAGCGAUACCUAUUUAUCUACUUGCACUUUGACAUGCUUUUGAACUGCUGGGUUGGCAGGAGCAGGGACCGAGCAACGGGAGCUCACCCCAUUGUGGGGAUUUGAACCGCCGACCUUCUGAUCGGCAAGCCCAAGAGGCUCAGUGGUUUAACCCACAGUGCCACCCACGUCCCUCGACUCUGGUGAUUAUUAUGCUCCAAAUAAUUUACUUUUCCGGUAUAAUUACCUACACCAUGUUAUUUCAGUUCGUGACAAGGACUUAUGAUUAUUGAACAUUGGCAAGGGAUACUUGGAGUUCUGACCAUUCUUCUUUUCCUUCUAGGAGACUCGGCCUCUGUGAUAGAUGCUAUACAGUCAAGCUUUGACUCUUCCAUUCAUAGUGUGCAUGCCCCAGCUGGGUCAGAUCCUGGUACUGAUCAUCCACUGCCUACAGAGUUCUCCCAUCAGCCUUCCAGAGACUGCUUCAAUCAGGGCAGCAUGGUCUGCCCUCAGUUGGAACUACGUACUCCAACUCCAGAGCCAAGAGAAGGCACUUUUGAGUCUUCCGCUCCUCCUAAGACAGCAGAGCAGAGUCACGUAACCCCAGAAUGGCCAUCCAACAUCCAUUCUGGUGAGGGGAGAUCUCCAAAAUGUGUACAGACACUGAUGGAAAGAUUUGAUUCAAAGGAACUUGGUGUAAGUCAAGACCAACUCUCGCCUAGCUCUUUGGCUCAUGGAAAAGAUGAAGAAAGCAUAAGUCAAAAAAUCAGUUCUUCAGCUGUCCUUCUUGGAGGAGAAAAAGAUUGUUUCUUUAUAGGAUCUGAAACAUUAAAAGAGAUCCAGAAAAUUCUGGCAGAGGCAGAAACUAGGAGCCCAAGCCGAAACUUUAAAUCCGCCUCAUCCAUCUCCUCCACAGACCUGGACAGUUCAUUAAAGCAAAUGAAAAAGAUGGAUGGCUCCGGAGAUUCUGGAUUGUUCAAGGGGAGCAGCCCAGGAAUUCAGAGAAUGUGGUCGUGGGAUGAGACGCUGGCUAGGCAAAGUGUUCACAGUUACAAUGUGCUCCCCAAAACAGCUAGCUUCACUGGUAGCUUAAAAUGUGAUGGUCAGCCAGCUGCUGAUGUCCUCAGCAAUGAUCAGAUUCUGCCAGAAGAGUCUAUGCCACCCUCCCAAGUAACGGUUGAAGAACAUAGGACCGUGAAGCCUGUUAGGCGAUCAGAGCCUGAAGGCUGCAAUAGUGCCACAGUAAAUAAAAGCUUGCCCAUCUUUGUAGACAGUGCUGCAGACAGCAAGUUAUUUACUCCCAAAGAUCUCAAAGAAUUAGCAGCUGCGUCUAGCGCAGGGUCCUUAGACAGCGCCUCUAAUAUUUGGGAGGAAGGUCAGCAAGUCUUGCAGAAAACCAGGAAAGAAAUGGGUGGCAGUCAUGGAAGUGGAAACAGCAGCAGUGUGGACUCGCUGGGUAUCAAAGUGAAGAAUCUUCUGCGGUGUGAACGUCCCGUUUUACACACAACACAGUGGGGGGAGGGGGAGAAGCACAAUGAACAUAGUCAGAAACAAGUCUCAGCUGGAGCCCGUGUAGCCUGUAGCAAAGGGGAUCUUGCAUCCCAAGAGAGUGAGAACAGCAGUAGCUUGGACUCGCUGGCUGCUCGUGUCAAAACGCUUCUGGAAGACGAACGCCCUGUAAUGCAUGCAGCCCAGAUACUUCAGAGUGCUGAGGAGGAAGAAGAAAAAGCACAUGGUAAGUAAUUGAACCGCAGGAGUUCCAUGAAGCACAAUUGCUAUUGUUUAAAUGUAAAAGAAGUCGAAGUAUUUCCCCAGGAAUCAGUGAAAAUAUCAGUCUAAUCAGAAAUCAAUCCUGCAAAAUUUUAGCAGAACAUAAGUUAAUAUUGCUGUCUUUCAAACUCCCUGUUUAAUAACCGUUCUUGGUUUGUGUGUCCAUAGCAGUUACCUUAAUAGAACGUGGACCACCUGCCAACACAUUAGCAACUUCUACUCUCAUUUUCUGUGAUCUCUCUGGCAGCCUGGGUGAAACUGAAGCUGACUCUUCAACCUGCAGACGCCGAGGCUGAUCUAAACGAGGAAGACCGGCGGAUGAUAGAAGAGAUCAAGAGAAUGCAGCUUUUGAGUGCCAGGAAAGCUGGAAAUGUUAAGGUAAGAAGGAACCAGGGGAAACCAGGAGGCAGAUUUAGGUAGCAUUGUAGGGUUAGGACAGAAUUACAAGCUUUGGCUUGUGGACAAGCAUCUUACAACUGCUGAAUAAAAAAAAAAAAAGUGUUGCACUAAUUGGAACAAUAAUGUGGAAGCAAUAAUUUCUUCCCAGUGGUGUGGUUUUACCAUGUGCACAGUCCUGGUGACCUUUUAAUAGCAUCUCCACAUAGCUUGGGAUUUUUGGAAACUGGAUGACUGGUUAAAACAUUUAUAAUAUGCAUAUUAUGGAGGUCACCUUUUCCAGUAUGUGCCCCGCAUUUGGAAGGCUAGCUCUUCUUGACUGCCGUGCAAGUCAGAAUGUCUGUUUUGAGAAGUCUGGUCUUUUCUGGAUGUUACGGGGACUGAAGCAGAGACUUUGCAUGCAAAACAUGCACUCUGCCACCCAACUAUAGCCCUUCUGGUGUGAGCUGAAUAUGCAGCUUGGUUGUACCAUAGCUAGCACAGCUUCAGCUGUUAGUGUUAUGGGCAGUGUGCACGCAUACAUUCUGAACCAUGGUUUAGUGUUGUGAGGAUGAGACAUGGAAGAGUAUGGCCAGGAGGAAGACUUGGGUAGAGUUUAGUCUCACUUUUACAGACUCCCAGCUUAGCAUUAUGUUUGAAGCAAGGAACCUAGUUUAAGCUAAUAAGAUUCAUAACAAGGAUGGUUACUCUGUUCUGUCGCUGACUGUGCUAUUUUAAUGAUGGAAUUCUUCUAAUGUAUUCGUGGGUUUUUAAAAAAAAUCUAUAUCUGCAGUAUUUUAUUGCCUUUAAUUUGUUUCUGUUUUGCUUGAAAUAUUUGUGAACCGCUUAGAGGUUUUUCUGAGAUGUGAAGCUGUAUACAAGUUCCCUAAAUAAAACAGAUAACAAGCCAAGUUCAAGCCAGGUGUAAAGUUGUCUUGUUAUGAAACUUAACAGAGCUUGUUUUAAAUUGGGGCUCCUGGUUCAAGCAUAAUGCUAAGCAGGGAUUCUGCUAGAGUGAAACUAAACUUUGCUAAAGUUGUCAUGCUGGCCACAUGGUAGAAGGAGGGGAAGAACACAAGCUUGAUGUUUGGCAUGGACUCAUCCAUGUAGCGCUAAAACGUACCAUAUUUUUCGCCCCAUAAGACGCACUUAGUUUUUUGGGGGGGAAAUAAAGGGGAAAAAAUUUAUUUCCCCCCCAGGCGCGGGGGAAGCCCGAGCUUCCCCCAACCCCAGCCCCCAGAACAGCCUGCUAUCCGCAAGCCUAGGGAGCCUGGCGGGAAGUCGCGCCGGUCUCCCCAGGCUUGCAGAGAGCUGCGCGAAGCCUGGGCGCGCUCUUCAGCGCGCCCCAGGCUUCGGAAUGCAGGCAGCUCUGCGCAAGCCUCAGGAGACCGGCGCAACUUCGCGCCGGGCUCCCUAGGGUUGCGCAGAGCUGCGCGAAGCCCGGGACUGCAGGCAGCUCUGCACAGCCCUUGGGCGACCGGCGCGAAGUCGUGCCGGUCUCCCAAGGGUUGCGCAGAGCUCUGAAGCCUGGAGAGCGAGGGCCGGUGCACCGACCCUCUCCUCCAGGCUUGAACAGCCUGCAUUCGCCCCAUAGGACGCACACACAUUUCCCCUUCAUUUUUGGAGGGGAAAAAGUGUGUCCUAUAGGGCGAAAAAUACAGUAACUCAGUAUUACAAGCAAAUUUGGCCUAUUGUCUAUUUAUUAGCAGCAGAUCAUUAGUGUUUGUGUGACACACAUACAGACUUUCUAUCUUCAAGGACUCCUGUCAGAUCCCUGUCGGUGAGGAUCUAGUGUUUUAUCUUUAUCUCGGCAGUGAAACUGACAUUAGGCUUGUUGUAUGUAUGCAUUCAUGCGUGUGCAUGCAUGCGCAGACACAUUUUUAGUUUUUUGUUGUACUGUAAUUAGCACAUCUUACAUUGCAGUUUAGGAACGCAGGUGGCGCUGUGGGUCACGGAGCCUAGGGCUUGCUGAUCAGAAGGUUAGCGGUUCGAAUCCCUGUGAAAGGGUGAGCUCUCAUUGCUCUGUCCCUGCUCCUGCCAACCUAGCAGUUCGAAAGCACGAAGUGCCAGUAGAUAAAUAGGUACCACUCCGGCGGGAAGGUAAACGGUGUUUCCGUGUGCUGCUCUGGUUCUCCAGAAGCGGCUUAGUCAUGCUGGCCACAUGACCUGGAAGCUGUACGCUGGCUCCCUCAGCCAGUAAAGCGAGAUGAGCGCCGCAACUCCAGAGUCGGGCACGACUGGACCUAAUGGUCAGGGGUCCCUUUAACUUUUUACAUUGCAGUUUUAUUGUAGUUAGUUAUGAAAACCAGACAAUAGAUUGUAUGUUGUCAAUUGAAAAGCAUAAACAGGAAAUAAGUGAGACUUCCAUAGCUGAAUACCUGCUUUCCUUAAUAUACUCAAAAUCCAAAGGAGCCGUAGUAAUCUGCCCCACAUUUUGAGGGCAAGUUCACACAGCUGGUGUCAUAGUCACCAAUGAUCAUUUCCUCUUUCCAUCCCAGCUUUGCUUCCAUUAUGGAUUAUUGCCAGAAAUGAUAAGACAUUGAUUCUGAUGAAUCGCCAUAUAUAAUGCCAGAUGCCAGUAACCAUUCACUUCCACCCUGCCAGUUGAUAAUAAAUAAUAUAAUUAAAGUUUUUACCCAUUCUUAGUUUUAUUAUAUUAAGUCUCCUACACACUGCCUAGAGAUGACUGUAAUUAAGCAGCUUACAAAUUGUUGAAAUGACAUAAAAAAAAUCCUUCCCUAUCUUGCUGCAAUGGGUAUGAAAGCUGUGCCCGCUGUCAUCAGAGGACCUAUGCAGAAGACCUGAUUUUCAACACCUUCAUGUCACACUGAUUUCCCUUUCCCCACCCAGCAUGCAGCAAUGGGGAAGAAAACUGGGCCAGUGGCGGAUCUUGGGGUCUCCAAUGUCCGUGGCGCCUUGUGCGACGCAGAAAUUCAGCGCCCCUCUGCUUCUCGCACUCCAUUCUAAAUUGUAGUUGCGGCAUCCCUGGCCGCACACCCUUUUUUUAUAUAUAGAAUCAUAGAAUCAUAGAGUUGGAAGAGACCACAAGGGCCAUCGAGUCCAACCCCCUGCCAAGCAGGAAACACCACCAGAGCACUCCUGACAUAUGGUUGUCAAGCCUCUGCUCAAAGACCUCCAAAGAAGGAGACUCCACCACACUCCUUGGCAGCAAAUUCCACUGUCGAACAGCUCUUGCUGUCAGGAAGUUCUUCCCAAUGUUUAGGUGGAAUCUUCUUUCUUGUAGUUUGGAUCCAUUGCUCCGUGUCCGCUUCUCUGGAGCAGCAGAAAACAACCUUUCUCCCUCCUCUAUGUGACGUCCUUUUAUAUAAGGCUCUGCACCCUGUACACGCUCCCCUAAAUCGGCCUUUUACUGGGCCUCCUUCUUCUCAGCUGAUGCUCACCGAUGAGCUAAGGAGCAGAGAGGGACCUCCUCAUUGCCAUGAUGGGGAUAAAAAUAUCCCCGCCCCCAGCCAAUCUGCAUGAAUUAGCUUUGUGGUGUGUUUUGUGUAACUCUGUGUAUGUAUAGCUUUUGUGUGUGUUUAUAGGUUUUGCCCCACCCACCACUGGGAAACAGCUCCUGACCACGGAUCCCGAGGAAAUGCACACCCACCCCUACCUUUCAAAUGCUAGUUUGCCUGCUUAUGAAACUUCCGCCACUAUGGAAUAUAUAUUGUCCAGAGUGGGCAGGACAGCCUUGACCUUAUUCCCAGGUGUUGGCAUAGAAUCAUAGAAUUGUAGAGUUAGAAGGGACCAACCCCAUGGAAUGCAGGAAUCCCCUUCAGAAGAAAUGGAAUGAGCCUCAAGUGGCUGCCUAGGGCAUAUCCCACCUCCAUACGUGCUUUCAGGGUUACUCAUACAGCUUGCUCUCAAACAAUAACUUUACAGAUUUCCUGGCCUUCCAUAUACCCGAAGGAGCGUCUCCACCUUCAUUGUCCAGCCUCCUCCUCUGAGGGUCUUCUGCUGAUACCCUCAUUGACAGAUGUGAAGUUACAGGGAACCAGGCAGAGGGCCUUCUCGGUGGUGGCGCCCGCCCUGUGGAACGCCCUCCCAUCAGGUGUCAAGGAAAUAAAUAACUAUCUGACUGUUAGAAGACAUCUGAAGGCAGCCCUGUUUAGGGAAGUUUUUAAUGUGUGAUGUUUUAUUCUGUUUUUAAUAUUCAGUUGACAACCGCCCAGAGUGCCUGUGGAAACCCAGUCAGAUGGGCGGGGUAUAAAUAAUAAAGUAUUAUUUACCUUUUUACAUUGCAGUUUUAUUGUGGUUAGUUAUGAAAACUUCCCUUUAAAGGGAAGUUUUUAAUGUUUGAUGUUUUAUCGUGCUGGGUAAUAACAGUAAUAAUAAUAAUAAUAAUAAUAAUAAUAAUUCAUCUCAGGGAUGCUUCUGCUGGCUUGUUUCUUGAAUAUUUUUUAGAAAGCACAUUUGAGGUCUGUAUCUGAUUAUUCAAAAGUUCAAACAUGCACCUUAUCCAGUCAUUUUCAGUCCUGCCCAUGUCUUUGAUAGACAUGUAUGACAAAGUAAUGUGAGAAGCGACUGUGCCUCUUGACGUUGGGGGUGCAGCAGUGGUGGUGAGGAGUAGGGAGACCUUUUGUAUUAAAGAACUCCUUAAUGCCAGCAGCAUCUUGGCUUUGCGUUCUUGAAUAACUCAUAGAUAUAAAUGCCUGUUGAUUUUGUACCUGUUUGUCUUGUCUGUUCCCAGCGUAAGAGAACAAUGCCUCUGCCUCUGGUGCUGACGUGGGGGUGAGGUGAGGCUUUGCAGCAUGUUUUGAAGCGUUGAGUAAUGCACCUGAAUACUGUUUUUCUCUAAUUGCUUCCAAGAAACAAUUUUCACUCCAGGAAGCUGGAGUUGCUGAAUUUUCUGCAUGCAUCUGAAAGAGGUUCCUUGUUUGUUUGUUUGACUGACAGUUUGCUGUGUGAUCUUUGCUCUGAAAAGACGUGUUUUGUUUCAGCCUUUCUUACUGAAGCAGGCUGGUGUUUUUUGUUCUUUGUUUUUACUUGUGCCAAAUAAGUUGUUUUUACUACAUCAGGUAAACAAGAGGAUAUCUCUUUGCAUUUAUUGUAUUGCUGCCUCCAAAGGAAUAAUGGCAGCUUUUAUAAUUUCUCUCUCUGGCUCACAAAAGACUUGACGUUAACUGCAGAAAAGAUGAGAAUUUUUAUUCUAUUUUAAUGGGCAAUCUUCAUCCGUAGCAUGCCCAAAAGUGUGCUUCGUUUCAGUAAAGCUGCAAACCUCACAUGCCAGGGGUUUUCUUUAUUCCUUUUUAGGAAGAGAGCCUAGUGGAGUUCAAAGCUUACGCCGUUCUCUUUUGCCCAUGCAUUAUUUAGAUUGGCAUUUCAGUAAACAGAUUAAACUGGGUGACACUGGAGCUGUUGGAAAUAGUCUUCAAAUCUAGAUUAGAAAUUGCCUGCCUCUGUGAAGCCAUCCACAGGUGCCUCUGCAAAUAAACCACCUAUCAGUAAAGUGUAGAAUUAAAUGUUGCCUUUAACUGACGUUUAAUAAAACCUUUACAUUUUUAUUGUGCUGAUUGCAAGAACGUAGACCUACUUUGUGCAUCAGGCAGAUCAGUCUUUUCAUAAAUGCCAUUCUGCUGAACUGUAUAAGGAGCACCAGAGAACAAUACACAUUUGGGUGGUGAUACUGCAGUUUUCUCCCUGGGGAAAUCCACCAAGCUGCCACAUUUUUAGAUAGAUUCUGAAACUGGGAGGGGUGGGUGGGACUACAGUAAGCCUCAACUUGUGUGCAUUUAACUUGUGUGCAUUCAGCAUGAUGCACAUGGCAAAAUAAAAAAGGUAAAAUUAAACAAGGGGAGGAAAGUAGUUCUAGGAAGAAUGACUUUGGCAAUCCCACCUGCCAUUGAAUCUAAUGGGUUUUGACUAUAUGCAGCUUUUGGCUUUAGGCACAAUUCCCAGAAUGUUAUCCGAUAUUAAUAAUAAUAAUAAUAAUAAUAAUAAUAAUAAUAAUUGCCCUUCAACACAAGAUCUCUGAAUAAUAUUGUUGAAGGCUAACCUGUAGGCUAACUGUAUUAUUAUUAUUCCAAAAGGUUCUUAAUGACAAACUUCCCUGUUCUUUUGAUUUGUUAGAUUUUUCUACUGAUGUCUAUUAAUUGCUUGUUCUUUGAUCUUGAUGAGUUUUUUUAUGUUUGGACUUUGCAAGCAGCCUUGAAAAUACUUUUAUUUUUAAAUGCAGGAUCUAAGUGAUAGAAAUUUGUUAGAAGUGUCAGAAGGAAGUGGUGGGAUAGCAUUGGUGCCUUCACAACUUUUGCUUGUGUAGUCAUAUUUUUCUGAUUUGGGUUGUUAAACUCCAUCCCUAUUUUAUAUGUGCCACUAAAUCCGGGCUCACUUUGACUCUCUCUGUCUAUGGUGACAUCUUGGCAUGUUUGGAGGCAGUCUGACGCCAAGUUGGGACUUGGAGGCAAGAGAUUUGGUCCACUUCUUUUUCUAUUCUUUAAAGUUAAAGAUUUGUUGAGGUUUAGAUUAGGAAGCCUUCUGUAAGACAAAGUCCUCUGAUCUUCUUAAUUUGGCAGUUGUUUGUACAUGCAGGAUUCAUUGGUUUUAUCUCUGCCCCAUUGAUUGUGACAGAUCAAAUAUAAAAAUAUUUACAUUAAUUUGUUGAACUGAUUUUGCUGUUGUGGAUCUGUACUAUUAAAGUAUGCACUUUCUGUUUGUCUCGGAUUCUUGACAGGAUGGGCUGCGGGGAAACAGCUAUGAAAGAAUUUCUAGCUGCAGUUCUAUUCUGAAGACAGACACAGAACUCUCAAAAACUUCAAGUGACAGUGAGCUGCAAAAGGACAUUCGGAUACAAGACUCCCAACUAGCUGAAUGCCCUGUAAUAAGUGCAGCCCAGCCUAGGGUGGUAUGUGGAACUGACCGUGCCCUUCCGGAUGACUCUGAGAUUACGUCUUUGACCAGUGACCAAAGUCAUUUCAGCGACCAGCCGCGGGCACACUCAGAAAAUCUCUCAGACUCCAGCCACAAUGUUCACACUCCCUUGCCUAUCGCCACAGACACAAGUCUGAAGGGGCUGACAGGUACCACCAAGGCAGCCACAGGAAAAGAAGCAAGUGCCUCAGCACAGGCAAAAUUGGCUGCGGACACCUCUUCUACAGAAUCUGCUAAACAAAUUACAUCCAUUACUUUUGCAUCCCGUAAAAGGACAUCGUCUUCCCAGGUGCCCUGUGCCAGCAUUCCUGAAGCCAUUCCUUUGGAAACCCAGUCGAUUGGCAGUGAACAGCUGGAGUCUAGUAAGCUGCAUGUGGGAACUCCUCAACCCUGCGCUUCUGCGAGCGUGACAGCCGUUCAUGCGCCAGAUAAGAGUGUUGAAUUUCGUCCAGGUGGAGACAGCCAUCGUCAUGUGCCCAUGGUUGUCAGCAAGGAGGCAUAUCCUCAGGAAAAGAGUUCUGCCUCUAUGGAGAAUUCCCAGCCGAUUUGCACUGAUCAAAAGGUCCACUCAGUUACAGAGAAUCGGGAAGAAACCCAGGCUGCAUACCAAGGCUUUACUAGGCUAAAUAGAUACGACAGGCCUUCAGUUAACACUUCUGAUAAUAAAUUUAACCCAGGAGAAACUAUGGGUGAUCCUCUCCGUCCCGUCAACCCACCUCAACAAAAGGCAGAGGAUGCUUCUCAAGAUGUCUCGAGAAGCUUUGCUGGUAUUCCUAAGCCACACUUUCCUCCAGGCAGGGAAAGUACGUUGACAAAAGAGAGCAAAUCUGCCUCUGAUCAAUAUUUAUGCAGGGCUGAAGCCAUGGACACUGGAAGCAGCAGCCUGUUAUCCGCUUCCUCUCCAGAUCACAUUUCAACGACCAUUCCAGUCUCUCCUUCAUCACCAACCCGGAAAGCCCUGUCUGGUGUCCAUAUGACCCUCUCUCCAAAGCAUGUGGAAUUGCCUCUUCCUAGUUUAAUAGAUGCUGGUGCUGAAAAGAGACGAGUUGGUGGAUUUAAAAGCGACCCUCAUCCAGCAACUUUAAAUGAUCCGAGUCAUUCGUUAGAAGCGACCUCUAAUUUGAAACCCACAGAACGUUUCACAAGCACCCAGGAUUCUGCAUACUUUCCAAGGUCUCCUACACCAGAUUCCCACUUUAAGCAUUCCCAUGUUCCAGUUGUAGCAAAACCAGCCCCAAGUCAGGAGCCACUGGAGAUCAGGCAGAUUUUCCCAGUUACAGACCGAGGAAGCACAAGAGUACCGGGUUCGUAUUGGCAGAGUCCCGAAGAGAACUUAAAAACCACAGCCUCUUCCCAAACAGAAAGGAUGUCGUCGGAUGCCAUCACUCAAAUAACAACAGAAAGCCCUGAGAGGGCAACCUAUUCUGCAGAGAUAUUUGUUAGCAAUGACAGCGGUGACGUGGAAGCUCUGAGACCUUCUCAUCGAAAGAGUCAUGAAAUGCUAGGUUCUACAGCUGCUCCCAUGAGCCACAUCUCAGUUUUGAACAGGCAGGCUGGUGAGAAGUUUAAUUUACUGUCCUUUGAUCUGAAGAGCUAUGCCUAAUGAGCAAGGCAGCCUUGUUCAUAUUAUAUAUUAUCCCCUCUCAGUUGUGAGACCUACUUUCUCCUUGAGGGAUAUUUGAGUAAAUCUACCAGUUUAGCUUGUGAAUCCACUGCCACAUUUUCUGUGGGAUGGAAAAGUCAUACAAGGCAGGUGAGAGCCUUGUUCCUUGCAGACCUGUACAUGGACCGAAGUGUAUACGUUUAGGAUCCUAGCUAUGCCAACAGAUUAUAAGGUUAAAGUAGUAUCGCAUUUGGUGCUAAGUUUGCGUCCUUGUCUUGUCCACCUUGCUUUCCAUGCCUGCAGGUACGCCAAGGUUGCUGCCAUAUAAACCACCUGGGAGCUCAGAGAUGUACUACGUUCCCUGUCCAAAAGAAACCCUCAGACUCUCACGGGUCCGAUCAGAGACUACCAUGGAGAGCUCCCACUCAGGUAUUUCCUGUUGCUCCAAACUUUUAUCUAAGCUGCUCAGUACCAUGGCUGUUCUCAGCAGAGCCAAGGAACUGACUUUGCAUAAAAUGCAAGAGCGUAAGCAGUUUGUUGUGCUGUGUUUAAAUUUGUUGAAUAGAGUUGAACUGCAAUAGUCUAGAUUUACAACAGUUGUCGAGCAGAAACAGAACUCGUAUGCGUGCUUCAUUUAAGCUUUGCCUUUUGGUUUGAAAUGGCUUUUUAGAUUUGAAUGACAGGGGGAACAAUUUAGUAGCUAGAAAGGCAGCACGAUUUCUUUCUACCAAUGUUGGUGGGCCCCAGAUGUUUUUAAUUUUCCUGGUUCUGCUUUGAACUGCUGCAUCAUUCCAGUUCUUUCUCUCCCUCCAGCAGUGUUUCCCUCUUUUGUUCCAGUUUUCUAUGUGUUUUUAUCUUUAGGUAAGGUAUCAGUGAAGUAUUCUGGGAAGCAGUUCAAUGUUCAGUUUAAACAGAUACCCAAAAUGUUUGCGUUGCCUGUAUUUGUACAAGAGCUUAGUUAACCUGUACUCUGUACAUACUCAGAGGCAUGCUUGCCUUUAUUACUACUUGACCUGUAAAGUAGUUCUGAAUAAUGCUGAGUCCUGCCACUGAAUGGGAAACAGAUUCUUUCUCGUUUGGACCAUCUUUCUAAGGUGUUGGACGGUGCUUCUUAUUUGUUAAGUUCAAUCACAAGACUGGCAUGAAUUUAUUAGUCUUUCUUCCUCAAAGCAGGCAAUAGCUUUGAGCUUCUCCCUGAUGGAAAAGAUGACCUGGUCAGAAUUAGACCUCACAUGCUUUUAGGUUCUGUUGUUUGCCUAUCCUGUUUGGUUGGAACCGGAACCAAGAAGACAUAGCUAGUGGUUGGAACUCUGUGAACGUAGUUCUGUAAUGUUCAGUUUGUAAGUUUAUUGUUCUAGCUGAAAGUCAUGACAAACCUCUAGCAAAUAAUACAGAACAUUCAUCCAUAGUAUAAGCCAACAUCCCUGAAGUAUGAGAGAGAAGAUACCAGAGACACCAUCUAGCUUGAUUUCAGAUUAAACCUCCAAAUCACCACAACUUGAAGUGAUUCAAUCUAACUCAUUAUUCCUGUGUGUUAUGAAGCUAUUGUUUUCACUCAGAAGAAACCCAACCGUUUCUGCCAGGGUGUACCUGUUUGCUUGUGUGAACAGAGGUUUCAAAAAGCCGUCUCUUGGAUCUCUAAAUAAAAGGCAGGCUAACAGAUAAUGAAUGAUCUCUUCCACCUGAGGUUGACCACAGACGCGAAGUCUGUCUACAUAGGGGACCUUGUUGUAGCAUCCGUCCAAGACCGCAGUGGAGUUCAGUAACGAAGAAGAAGAAGAAGAAGAAGAGUUUGGAUUUGAUAUCCCGCCUUUCACUCCCUUUAAGGAGUCUCAAAGCGGCUAACAUUCUCCUUUCCCUUCCUCCCCCACAACAAACACUCUGUGAGGUGAGUGGGGCUGAGAGACUUCAGAGAAGUGUGACUAGCCCAAGGUCACCCAGCAGCUGCAUGUGGAGGAGCGGAGACUCAAACCCGGUUCCCCAGAUUACGAGACUACCGCUCUUAACCACUACACCACACUGGAUGCUUGUAAUCCUAGAAAGCAUACAUCCAUUUUUAAAAAGAACUAAAUUAACUGAUAGAGUUGGAAUAUGUCUCGUUUAAUUGGGAAAAUGUUAGGUGACCAAGUGCUGUUGACCCAGAAUAUAAAUCUGCUUCCGUUGUAGACUUUAGAACUGUUACAACACAGAAACAUGCUGCUGCAGGAUGUUUAUUUUCUCUGUGUCUUUUUUUUUAAUGUACUUUUUCUUUCCCAGUCCUCUUUCUCAUAUAUACAUAUAUAUUGGUCUCCCCACUCUCUGUCUCCUAACAGGAUCAAACGAUGCCACCCCUCCAAAAUUUCUAGCACAGGCACUUGGCUCAGGGGAUGAGAUUCCACCAAGUCCUGUAGCUAUCAAGCACAGAGAGGGCAUCUAUAGUAAAAGGGCUUUUCCUAAGGAGGCUUGGACAGGAGAAGAUGCAGGAGCACAGGAAGGUGUCAAAGGUGACUAUUCUUCUAUAUCUCUGAAGGUGGAACAAGACCUGCUUUUGUGGCAUCUGAAUAUUACAGUUUGGAAGCCUCUUAUGUAUUGUGCUAGCUCCGGAGUGUCCCAAGAAUGAUUGUUUUGCUAUGGGAGUUGAAAUAACUUGUUGCUGUUGCUAUAAUCUGCCCUUCACCAAAUGCUUCCAGGGGGAGCUAGAAAAAUAUCUUGGUUGAAAACAAAAACACACUACAGUGGUACCUCAGUUCUCGAAUGGCUUGGCUCCUGAACAAAUCGGCUCCCAAACCGGGAAGUAAGUGUUCCGGUUUGCAAACGUUUUUUGGAAGCCGAACGUCUGACGCGGCUUCCGCUUGAGUGCAGGAAGUUCCUGCAGCCAAUUGGAAGCCGCGCCUUGGUUUUCAAACGGUUUCGGGAGUCGAACAGACUCCCGGAACGGAUUAAGUUUGAGAACCAAGGUAUCACUUUAUCAUUAAAAUAUUAAACUAAAAUUACAAAAUCACACAAUCACAAAAGUAACAGAACAGCAGUUCAGAGCAUCAGUACCGGAGGAUAUUUUUAGGAUGGCAUGAAAAGGAUGCUCUUUUUUAUUCACCAGCAAAAGAUUGUGGAUGAAGAUGAUUUCUGAAAACGAAGGGCAAAAUGAUUAGAUGCUGUGAUCCCUGGAAAAACACCUCGAGCCACAAUUAGUCUUUUUAAUGGGGGGCGGGCAGUAAAUGGUUAACCCUUCCUUCCCCCAACUGUAACCUCCAGGAAGAUCGUACACACCUCUGGCCCAGAAAUCAGACUUAGAAAACGUUACAAACUGUUUUUAUAUAUGUGAGUGUGGUGCUUGCUGUUCCCAUUUGUGGCCAUGGAUCUCCUAUUUUUGAAAUUUUCAAUAUCUCUGUCAGGGAACUGCCAUCAGUGUCUGAGGGAGAGAGCAAGCUCCAAAGGGAUCCCAGAGAGCGUCCCGGGAGUGGGAGAGGCAGCCCGUCUUCUGGGGAAGAGAAUCAACGUAGCUCCAGUGGAGAAGGGGGGCAGAUGGGGGAAUCGGCGAGGCGGUCCCAUGACUCCUUGCCGGGGACCAGCGGGGAGAGGAAGGGUCCUCCGCUGCCUACGCCCUCCUUGCGCAGAAGGCUUCCGCGCAGGGAGAGUAGGAGGAGACUAGGCGUCAAAGAGCUUCUUUGCUGGAAGAAGUUUAAGAAACGCCCACUGACGGAUUCUGCCAGUGAUUGAGACAGGCACGGGCGAGUGGCUGCCCGGACAGGAAAGGUUCACUCAGGCAACCCAGCCAGAGGUUGGGACAAGCUUACGCCCGAGCAACCCCUAGAACCAUUACAAUCUCUAUGGUAGUUUUUGUUAUGUGAAUGGUGCCACAGACCCGCUGGGUGUGUUAGGCAAACUCCCUGGGGUCCAUGGACCACCAAUUGGGAACCACUGCCUUAAACCAAUGCUUCUGUUCUGGACCCACUGCUUGGCAACAUAACUGAACCCAGAAACCUGGUCUUCUCUUUGUGCUCUUUCACUCAGUAUCCUCUGGCAGUGCAGAACGAGCCAGCCAAAGUUUCUCUCACUGCCGAAGGAAGGAAAGAAAGGUGUUAAACAGAAUCUGCAAAUGCCAAAAGAAUUAGAGCAGAACAACGUAGUAUUUUAGGGAGAGUGUGGACAGAAUAUAUGAGCUUUUCCAUGCAAACUUUAUAGGUUCGUAACUGGCUGCGUUUCCACAUUAAAAAAUCUCAGUGCGGCAACAUGCUCAGAAGCCGAAGGAGAAUUCUUGCCUUUGUGCCUUUGAUCAGCUCUUGCCAUGGAGUGACAUACAGAACUCUUGAAAUGUUAGUAUUAGAAGGAAGGGAGGACAGAAGAACGUUGGGGAGAUGAGCACAUUAAAAAAUGUUCAUGCCUCGGGCGAGGGUGUGUGUGGAGAGCUGUGUGUUCUGCCAGAGAGGGGGCGGGGGGAAAAACCCAGCCUAUAACUAGAUAAUCUAAAUUCAAUGGUCCGAAUAAAUGCAGGCAGCCGUCCAUUUUGCACAGCCUUAUUUUCAGCUUGAGGAAAGAGUUUGUGCUACUGUUUUAUUUUCCUGACAAGAUUCCACAAGCCUAGGCAUAAGCAAUUAUUUUUGUUGUUGGUCUAGCAGAGGAAUGGACAACUGCUUGCACAGAGAAACUAGUCUUCUCUGAGUUCAUUUAUACAACUCCAUUUAUUACUGUUAUUAUUGCUCUGGCCCAUAAACGGACUUGGAAGUGCAUUGAAAUGGAUUUUAACCGUUGUGCUUAUUAAUUUUAUUUGUUUCACUUCCCUUGUGUUUAUGUUUUUCAUUUUGUAUUGUUGCUUUUUCAUUAUAUUUAUCUUCUUUUUUUGUAUAAUUUGUAUUAUUUUUGUUGGCCGCCUUAAGCACAGUUGUCUUGUUUUUAAAGUUACUUUUUUCAAGGUACGCUUUGACACGUUCUUCUAAUUGUAUCUCACCUUGGCAGAGUCCUGUUUUGAAAGGCAGCAUACAAAUCCCCAAAUUAAUGGGUGAAAAUAAAAUAAACUAAACAUGUAAGGAGACUGCGCCUAGAGUUGAUGAAUAGCACUGUCAAUUUAGAAUGAGAACCAUCAUGUAUUGUAGCUGUUUCUUUCCAGCCGAGCUUAAAUAUUUCAUUUUCUUUUCCCUUCCUUUCCCCCUUUAGGAAGUCCCAAAGUCCCAAAUCCCUUGGAAUCUGUGGCAGCUACCCAUUCAGUGUUCAGAUCGGCUCAGUUUUACCUGCAUCACCCAGUGCCUCUGCAGCAUGAAAUUGACUUCCUUGCUGGGAAUGAUGGCUUGGGACAGUAUGCAGUGCAAGAGCGCCCAGCCCUUCCUUCAAAAGACAUCUUCCAGUACGACGGAACAUCCAGAAGAGGUCAGGCUGUUUUCUCUCCGCACCAGCCAACAGGAGAGGAGAGGUUUUCCCCACCAAAUUUUGAGCCAGAUUACAGUGUGCUGGAGGAAUUGAGGUUCAACGAGACUUUGGAGAGAGGCUCUCCAAGUAAGGAACUACAACAGCCUGAUGGGAGGAAAAGUGGCCACAAAUUGUCCAAAGACCAGCUUCUUCCAAGCAGCCAAAGGAGCAGCUUAAAAGAGAAGCGGGUAGCCGAUCUCCCAGCGACGCAAAGUGCUCCUUUCACAGGCAGUUUAGAUGAACUCUGGGCUAAAUACCUGGAGCGUCAGAGGCAGCAUCAGCAACGUAGUCCGAGUGGCAGCAGCAGAAGUGAGCUGUCUCUAGUAGAGCGACUUGAUAGAUUAGCCAGACUUCUGCAAAACCCAGUUAGGCACACCAUGGUGCCUGUCAAGGAUGAAGAUGUCCAUGUCCAAGUGGAACCAAAGGGAAAAGAGUCAAAGAAGAUCAGUUCCCAAGGAAAUAAGGCAUACAAAGGUAGAGUUGCAAUCCAUAGCCCCAGAGGAAAGGUGGAAGAGAGCCCAGAGGCCACCAGCAAUACACGGCUAUCAAAAUCUAGGCAUUAUAAAGUUGGCAGCGCCACAGCUCUUUACCACAUGGAUAGAAAUAUGGAGCAGCAUCGGAAUUCGGCAAUUCUGAGCGACACCUCUUCUGAAAUGAGGCCUGUGAAAGAUUCCAUCGUGUUAACCGACAUCACCUCCGAUUCAGAAGUGACUCAGCCCGAGACGGACACUGCGUCUCGGACCGAGGCAAGUGUUUCCGUUUCCACGAUCGACACAGAGAGGUUGAUCCGGGCCUUUGGGCAUGACAGAGUGCAGGUGUCUCCCAAACUGUCCCAGCUCUACAGCGCCAUCCGACACCAGAAGACGCGCUCAGAGAAGUAUGCCAAGGGGAGCAGGAAAGACAGGGCAGCAGAAUACCAAAGAACGGCUCAUGCUGAGCCAAAAAGAAAAGAGACCCAGGUAAGUAUAAUAAAUAAUAAUAAUUAAUUUUUAUUUAUACCCCGCCCUUCCCGGUUCAAAAACUGGCAUCAGGGCGGCUAACAACAAAUUUAAAACACUUAAUUGUAAAAGCAGCAUAAAAUACAGUAUAAAAACAUGAAUAACAAAAUUCAAAGUUCAGAAAUCAAUUUAGGGGAAAUCCAUCUAAUAAGCAUUAGAUAGUCACCAGGGCUAGCUGGCUGAAUUAGUCCUACUUGGGCCAGAGAGGAGGCCAGGGGAGAAUUAGCUGUGGGGUCUCAAAGCGGGUGAUCUUCAUAAAAGGGGAGGGGGAGGGAAGAGAAGAGAAGGGAAAUAAAAGAUCAGGCUGAAUUCAAAUUAAAGGCCAGGCGGAAUAGCUUUGUCUUACAGGCCUGACAAAAAGAGGUUAAAUCCUGAAGGGCCCUGGUCUUGUGGGACAGAGCAGUCCCGUAAACAUGAGGGCCCUAAGCCCAAGUAUGUAGCAUAGGAACCUGUAGGGUAAUCCACAGCAAAAAAAAAAAAUACUGUGAUCUAUUAUCUGCAUAAAACAGGUGUAAGGAAAGAGUGACAACUAGCCUUUAAUUUGAAGAUCAGCUAAGCUAGGUGGGCGGAGGCAGGCUAAUCUUCAUUGGGGUCUCUCUGUCUUUCUCCUCCUCUGCAUCAGCUGAGCUCAGGCCUCUGCGUGUAAGAGUAUGGAAAGGUCAGCCUUGUUGUCCUUUAGCUUUCAUAAGCAGCAGGUGAAAUGGUCUUUAGCUGUGCCUUCAUUGUGCAUCUUUAGACACUGGGCGGAAACGUUCCUCUUCAACCAGGCCUUUGGCUGAUUAACAGCCCAUGUCCUUUUAAAUGUUUUUGUGGGAAUGGGCUUUUUUGUUUUGUUUUGUUUUGUUUUUGUUCUUGUUUUUGUUACGUACUUUGUGGUUUUAUUCUGUGAUUCAUCAUGAUAUCUCAGAACAAAGGGUGGCAUACAAAUUUUAGUAGUAGCAGCAGCAGCAGUAGUAGUAGUAAUAAUAAUAAUAGUAAUUGUAAUAAUAAUAAUAAUCCUGUCAUACUUCAACAUGACAUAAUAAAGGGGGGCAUCAUGUUCCCUGUUGUUGCUAAUUUAUAUGCCAAAGUGGUUUCUUAUAUUGGGGUCUCACCCCAGAUGGCGACCGGUAACUUUCCUUCCAUACUUCCCCACCAAGCUACUUACAUUCAUCCAAGCUGGAAGCCAUGAACAGGGGGGAUAAUUGCCCCAUCCUCACGACCACAGAAGUGACGAUUUCUGAAGGAAGUGGAUGUGGACAUUGUGUUCUAAAAAGCUAGCUGGCUUGUUUCUCAGAGCCAAGGUGGUGCUCUUUGUGUGCGUGUGAGCGAGAUUGGCUGAUUUGAUUCCUUUCCAAACACCGACAAACGAACUUGCAGUCCUCUGAGACCUUCAUGCAUCUGCCUGAUUCUUUCCUUUAGGCAACGGACUCUUUCAUUUCUUCGGAUUCCGUUUCUACCAUCAGCAGCUCCCUUGGACCAAGCCCUGCUCUCAGUAGCAAGCGGAGCAGGCGGAUGUUGAACAAGGCUGUCCAGGCAGGUGAGCAGCCCUCAUCCCGACUCUUGCCUUCAUGUCUGCGCUCUUGCCUUUUUGUUGUGAUCCUUUUCAGAGUCCCUCGCUCUUACUUCAGUCAGCCAGGUGUGCUUGCAGAGCUUUCUCCGCCUGCACAUCUUUGCAGCUCAGAUCCUUUCAAAAAACGGUUAACAAGUUGAACUCUGGUGAAAUGGCACUCCCCUUCCCUCCACGGGCUUCUUUGAUGCUAGCAGGUAGUUCCUUUGUUCGUUCUGUGGGCUUUCUUGACUCUGGCCUCGUAAUAAAUCUUGGGUCAGAGAACUGACUUGUUCUGUGUGGUAUUUUCCCCACUUGCAAGCACAGUCGUAAACGUUCUCACUACUGCAAAUAAUUGUCAGUUCUCUUGCUCAGACGGCUGGAGCUUCACUCCUUAUUUGAUGAUGUGAAUCUUGCUCUUAUCUGUUGUGUGAUUUCUGUUCUGGGACAAAACUUAUCUAAAAACGGAGGCCAGUUAUAUACAACCAUGUACUGUCCUCAUCCCCUAUUGAAACUGGAGCCAUGCACAACCUCCAGUUUUCUGCAGGUCUAUACAUUUUUGGCAGAAUGAAGAGUUUUAGUGUUGAAGGCGGGACCUAAGAGGACAUGUGCUCCAGCCCUCCUUCUCUGAGGCAGGGUGAGGGAUGCAGGAAUUCCACAUUUCAUAAGGCAGGCAUGGUUCUUGGUGUGUUUUGUUUGGUUAAAUCAUGGGUAGGCAAACUAAGGGCCGGGGGCCGGAUCCGGCCAGUUGCCUUCUAAAUCCGGUCCGCGGAUGGUCCGGAAAUCAGUGUUUUUACAUGAGUAGAAUGUGUCCUUUUAUUUAAAAUGCAUUUCUGGGUUAUUUGUGGGGCCUGCCUGGUGCUUUUACAUGAGUAGAAUGUGUGCUUUUAUUUAAAAUGCAUCUGUGGGUUAUUUGUGGGGCAUAGGAAUUCAUUCAUUUCCCCCCCUCCAAAAUAUAGUCCGGCCCCCCACAAGGUCUGAGGGACGGUGGACCGGCCCCCUGAAAACGUUUGCUGACCCCUGGGUUAAAUCAAGGUUCUCCCUGUUAAGAUAUGGGGUCCUCUGCUGCAUCAGGCCAGAGCUCCACCUAGUCUAGCAUUCUGUUCUCAUUCCCGUGCACGUUGGAAAAUGAGUUAGAAGGGUCUUCUGAAAUUUCUGAUCCCAUUGUGUGGUUUCAGCAACAUGUUCAGUGAUUGGACCCAGGCUCUGUGCAGGGCUUCUUGUUCUACAGACUAAUGUAUAUUGGGGGGGAAAGCAAGUGUGUAUAUUCAGAAAACGAACAUGGAAGCACAUGUGACAAAAUCAGUACAUGGAAGAAAUAAAUCCUGUAGCUAGGUGUAAUGGUUCUAGGGGUUGCUCGUGUGUAAGCUUGUCCCAACCUCUGGCUGGGUUGCCUGAGUGAACCUUUCCUGUCCGGGCAGCCACUUGCCCGUGACUGUCUCAAUCACUGGCAGAAUCCAUCAGUGGACGUUUCUUAAACUUCUUCCAGCAAAGAAGCUCUUUGACGCCAAGUCUCCUCCUACUCUCCCUGCGUGGAAGCCUUCUGCGCAAGGAGGGCGUAGGCAGCGGAGGACCCUUCCUCUCCCCGCUGGUCCCCGGCAAGGAGUCAUGGGACCGCCUCGCCGAUUCCCCCAUCUGCCCCCCUUCUCCACUGGAGCUAUGCUGAUUCUCUUCCCCAGAAGACGGGCUGCCUCUCCCACUCCCGGGACGCUCUCUGGGAUCCCUUUGGAGCUGGCUCUCUCCCUCGGACACUGAUGGCAGUUCCCUGACACUAGGCUACUAUAUCUGAUGAUUUUGCUGUGUGUAUGUGUCAGCCUUCAUUCUGCAUAGCUCUUCACACUGUUCAUUGAUGCUUGAGCAUCCUUCAGAAUCUCAAGGAAGGAGAUGUUGCUGCAAGUCCUAGACAUUCCAGUUUCUGUCCAAAAAUACUGUAUAUUUCUCAUAUUUUUAUCUCUUUUUUUAAAAAAUAAUAUUUAUUAAAAUUUCACAAGAAAAAAACCACAUUAAUGAAGAAAAAAUUAACAAUAAAAAGAAAAAAUACAAAGGAAAAAAGGAAAAAACAAUUAAAAACAAUUUCAUCUUUUCCUCACUUCUUUUACAUUUACUUGUUUCUCGGACCUCCUCUUACCUCCCUCUUUGUAUUCUAAUUAAAUAUGUUAAUCCAACAAUUCCUUUCCCUCCUUUUUAAUCCUAAUCUUUAAUCUUGAUAUAAUAUAACUUUAAAUUUUAGAUUUUACAUAUUAAAACCAAUUUUUCCAUAUUCUUUUAGCCUGUACAGCUAGAAACCCCUUAACUUCAAUCCAACAUCAUUGUAACAUUCAUUAAUUUUGCAAUAUUUCUGUAAAUAGUCUUUGAAUUUCUUCCAAUCUUCUUCCACCGACUCUUCUCCCUUCUCAUAUUUUUAAAGACUCAGAAACCAAGAGGAAAGUAAAAAAAGAAGUCAGGAUCUUUGCUUUUCAUAUCUUGUUUCUGUUUUAUUAACUUCGAGCAGGUUUCACAUGUGGAUCUAAUUCCAGAAUUUAAUGCAUCUCUGGGUUAUUUGUGGGGCCUGCCUGGUGUUUUUACAUGAGUAGAAUGUGUGCUUUUAUUUAUAAUGCAUAUAUUAUAUAUAUUAUAUUAUGCAAAUGUGCGUAUUUUUCAAUGUGUCUAGAGCAGACCGUGUCAAGCCAGCCCAUAAUCAGUUUGCAAUGUGUGGCCCUCUGUGGUAAACAUUGAAAAAUCAAUUGUUAAAAUACAAUUAAACACCAGUAGAAUUAAAAUAGAAUUACAUGCAUAAAACCUGUUUAGAACGUACCACUAUCAAAUCCCUUUCUUUUGAACCCCAGGAGACUUUGAGAUUGUGAACAGCGCCACCAAGAAGCACACCCGAGACGUCGGCCUGACUUUCCCCACUCCGACAUCCAGCCAGGCGAGGCUGCGGGAAGAUCCCGAGAGUGGGACGGAGGGCGAAUUUGCUCAGCUGGAUGGGUUCCUUCUGGAAAGCAAGGGCAAGCAGAGGAGGCAGCAUGGCAGGCUUCUUGCAGAGAAAAAGCCGAGGAGGAACAAGCCACGGUGGCGGCAAGGUCUCUGACAAGUGUUGCAUCUUUUGUGAAUGAGGAAGGACUCGCGUGGUCCUCCAGACUUUUGUCUGUUGUUGCUGUGGUGCCAUAAAAACCAGCAGUUAGGUGCACGUAGAGGAGAGCGCGCACACAUCAUAACAAAUAAAAGGUGGCUGUAAAACGCACCAUUGUACCCACACACCAGUAGAUUGAUAGGGAGUUACAUGUGCUACUGUUUCUUCUGUAGCCGAUUUCCCUGUCCUGCCCCUGUUGAUAGGCUUUGUUCACGGCUAUCCGCGGAAUGAAUCUUUGGUUUCACUAGGGAUGGGGAGUCGGACAAUUCUGACAAAGAGCCUCGGGGCAAGACAAAGGCAGACGAGCCUGCGUCAGCCUGCCUCUAGGAUGUGGCCAUAAGCAAAAAAUAAAUGAGAGUUCCAGGUUAACUUUUGCAAAUACAGUAGUACCUCAGGUUAAGUACUUAAUUCGUUCCGGAGGUCCGUUCUUAACCUGAAACUGUUCUUAACCUGAAGAACCACUUUAGCCUAUGGGGCCUCCUGCUGCUUCUGCGCCACCGGAGCACGAUUUCUGUUCUUAUUCUGAAGCAAAGUUCUUAACCCGAGGUACUAUUUCUGGGUUAGCGGAGUCUGUAACCUGAAGCAUCUGUAACCUGAAGCGUCUGUAACCCGAGGUACCACUGUAUGCUAUGUAGCUACUGCCCUUUGAUCAGAAGAGCAAGCAAAAUACAACACAGUCCCUGUCCGAAAGGGGUUCUUAACCCGAGGUACUAUUUCUGGGUUAGUAGAGUCUGUAACCUGAAGCGUAUGUAACCCAAGGUACCACUGUACAGGCAUACUUCGGGUUGAGCAUUUUCGGGUUGCGCUCUGUGGCGACCCGGAAGUAAUGGAACGCAUUACUUCCGAGUUUUGCCACAUGCACAGACGCACAAAAUGAUGUCACACGCAUGCACAGAAGUGGUGAAUCACGACUGGUGCAUGCGGGUUGUGUUCGCUUCAGGAUGCAAACGGGGCUCUGGAACGGAUUCCAUUCGCAUUCAGAAGUACCACUGUAAGUAAAUACAAUAUGGGGUGUGUGGGAUCCUAGUUCAUAUGUUCAUCUCCAAAACACUCUUGGUCUCAAAACUACCCAAAAGCAGGUAGAUUACAUUGCUUAAUCCAGGGGCGAGGAAUCUGUGGCCUACCAGAUGAUGUUGUGUUGCAGUUUGCAUAAUCCCAGGGAGUAGGGGAUUGGAGGGCCCCUGCCUUGCUUAAUCCAGGAAGUGCAGCUCAGCUUCAAAUUCCAAGAAAUUCUGAGGCUCACUUCCCCAGAGGCAUCUCUUGGGAGUACCCACCCCAACCCCAGAUCUCCUGCUUGGUUUUCUUUUGCAGUCACGCUGGCCCUGCAGAUACUGCUACUACCACAGUCUUAAACUUGUUUAGCACAACACAACAUGCUAGGCACAGGCCAGGAAGAAAAAGGGUUCUAUAUUACCCUGCCACAGGUUGCUCUUAUUUUGUUUUGUUUAUGCAAUAAUAAUUCACACCCCACAUCUUUGAAAGGGCUGUCAGCGCUGCAGGCAAAACAUGGAAACAUCAUAUCAUAUUAGAACAAUGAGGAAUAAAACAAAAAACAAUUCAGCAGCAAAACCACUUAUUUAACCUGCAAAAAAUAAAAUCAGGGAGAGAGUGCAGCCCUCAAAAGUUGGUUUAAAUGGUUGCCAAAAUACCCCCUGCCAAACCACCUGGGCCAGUGAAUUCCACAGCCUGGAUGCUUCAGUGGAAGAGGACCAAUCCUGUGCCCUUGUCCUCUGCACCUUCAAAGGCAGGACAUGCAGCAGGUCCUCACCUGGUGGCUGCUGUGUGCCAGUACAGAAGACAGGCCUUCAGACACCCCAAACAAUUUAAGGCUUUAAACGUGCUAAUAAAUUGGGACCAGAAGCAAACAGAUUUCAUUUCAUCAUCUGGAGAUCAGGGGAUUUUCUGCUAUCUGUCUCCUAAAGCUAUGAAAUAGCAGAUUAAAACUAUACAGAGCAAGAUGUUUUAAACAAACACUGCAUGAGGGGAAAAUAUUUGUUCCUCAGCUUUGACCACACGCUGACAGUAAAUCCAAUACCCUUUGUAUUUACUUUUCCAUACCUUGUUGGGUUUUUUUAUUUCUUAUUACUUCUGGUUUUAGACAAUGCAAAUCAUAGCCCAGUCAUUGUUUUUGGUGGUAUAAAGAAGGGAGGGGAAGAUUCUCAGAUGCAAGAGGAAAGAAUGACUAUAUGGUACUUCAAAAACCAGCAUGCACAUCAGGAGUCUCUGGUCACUGUGGCUUCUAGGGAGAGAGAUGGCAGGGAGGGUCAUCACUGUGUGGGCAUACCAGUGGGGGCACUGGGUUUCCUCUGCCAGAGUGUCUGCACAGCGACAAUCCCAACCCCCUUUCCCUCCCAGUAAGCUGCCGUGACACAAGAACCAGAAGCCCAAGGAUUCACCGCUGCUUCUCUCUGCCAUCUCCACCUCCCCAAGGAUUCUUUCAACAAAGAAAACAAAUGCUGAACCCUUCGGGUUACAAACGCUGCUAACCAGGAAGUGGUUGCUCCAGGUUAAGAACUUUGCCCCAGGAUAAUAAUGGAAAUCGCGCAGCAGGAGGCCCCAUUAGCAAAAGCAUGCCUCAGGUUAAGAACCGUUUCAGGGUUAAGAACGGACCUCUAGAACGAAUUAAGUUCUUAACCCAAGGUACCACUGUACUAAAAUGUUGACUUCCUCUCCUGGAUUGUUUGCUGCUUCCAUGCUUCUUCACUCUUUGUUCUGGGCCAUUUUAUCUUUGCUAAAUCCCUAAAUUUGGGGAGUGGCAUACAUUAUAUAUGCAACUGUGAUGUGCCUAUGUCUGCUCUGAGCAUCGUCCUGGACCUUUUACAGUUGCAGAGGACAGCCCAGAGCAAAAGGGGGCAACGGCGGAAGUAGCCCCCUGUUUUUGUGCCUUCCUGUCUUUUAUAAGUGAACUGCAGCGGGAAUGAACAGUUUACAUUCCUUUUUUUAAAAAGUGUUUUUCUUUCCCCUGCCCAGGAGUUUCCUGGUUUGUUUCGGCAAAGGAUUUGAAACCUGACUUCAAAAAGGGAAGCGGAUCCAGCUACGUUUCUGAUCCUGGUCCCUCCUGGUUUGAAGCCGUGCCUGACCCAAAGCCCUGGCGAGAGCCCCUCCGGGAGAAAAACUGGCAGGAGGAUCACAGCGAGCUGCAGGUGCGUCUGAUGGCUCCACCGAGAGACGUUGAGAAUAAGCCGCCCCCACCUUUUGUGAAAAUGACACUGCAGGUAAAAUCCAGGCUCUGCCUUGGACUGCUUGCCUGGCUUUGGCUGUCCCAUGUGCGAGUGCUUUGGUUGUCAGAUGAACUGAGCCACCCAUCAGUUUAACAGAUGCAGCAUGUGUGCCUCUGUGUGUAUAUCUAUGUGUCUGUCUGUGUGGCGUAGUGGUUAAGAGCGGUAGUCUCGUAAUCUGGUGAACUGGGUUCACGUCUCCACUCCUCCACAUGCCGCUGCUGGGUGACCUUGGGCCAGUCACACUUCUCUGAAGUCUCUCAGCCCCACUCACCUCACAGAGUGUUUGUUGUGGGGGAGGAAGGGAAAGGAGAAUGUUAGCCGCUUUGAGACUCCUUAGGGUAGUGAUAAAGCAGGAUAUCAAAUCCAAACUCUUGUCCCCUUCUCUCUUUAAAAUAUGUAAGGGCUGGACAGGAAUAGAAUAGAACAGCCUUUCUCAAUCUGUGGCUCCCCAGAUGAUGUUGGACUACAACUCCCAUCACCCCUAGCUAGCAAGGGAGGAUGGGAGUUGUAGUCCAACAACAUCUGGGGACCCACAGGUUGAGAACCGCUGGAAUAGAACCUACUUUGCCUUCCGUUCUACCCUUAUUCUAACUCUAAUGGCUCCAAGGGCCGGUCUUUUUCUGCCAGAUGGGGCCAUCCUUCUUUAGCAUAAACAUGGCAUGCGCCAGCAGGGAAAAGAUGGUGCUAACAACUGCUGGGCAGGUGGGGUUUGCACAGCCCCCACUGGUUCAGAUGAUGGAAUAGGGGAAAUGUAAAGCUGUUUGUCUGCAUUCACCAGUUUAUCCCUGCCUUCAAAUUCCAGUCCAAAUCGAACAGUUCUCACGCUUCCUGCGCUUGACAUUACGCUUCUGAUGGCAAGGGGGUUGUGAGGAUGGGGGAAGCGCUCUCAUCCUGCUUCCAUUGCGCUUUGGCAGAUCUGGCAGCCAGCAGGCUCUUGUGAAGCCCCCUCCCCAAGACUAAUAUUGAACCGUGUUAAUUUCCCCAUGUAUCCAUUUCAUUUACAGUCACCGAGAGGCCUCCCUCAUUGCACGGAGACUUCUUUUUGUCCCAAGUGCGCACUCCAACCAGCUUGUUUAAGCUUAAGUACUUAUCCCUUUUACAAAAAUGUAGCUACGCUUAUUCCCAGCCUGGUAUCUUUCCAAUUGGUUGUCCAAGAUCAAAGCAUUUGUUAACAAGACCCACAGAGAGAUCCCUUCGCCUUUUGUAGAUGCAAUAUUCUGUACAUUGCGUGCAUAAUUCUCUUCUUCUGAGGCAUGCUUUCAGUGCUUUGUUAAUGGGGUUAGCUAUUUUUGACAUUUCCUCAGCCUUAAGUGGAGCUUCUGAAGCAGCUCUUAUUUUUGUUUUCCAACUCAGGAGUCUCUUGCACUGCACCGUCCUGAUUUCAUCUCCAGCUCCGGGGAGCGUGUGAAGCGCCUCAAGCUAAUAAUGGAAGAAAGGAAACUGCAGAGCAUGCUCCAGGGCGAGAGAGAAGAAUUAUUUAAUGCUCGUGAAGAGAGAAGAAGUUUCCAUCUUCCUAACAGAGGUGCCUUCCUUAUUACAGACAUGGGUCGCAUGCCAAAGGAGGGGUGUUAUGCGUCUGGGAAAAGCUGGGCAAGGCCUUUGCUGCUGAAGAGGCAAGCCAUUGCUGAAGAGGCAAGCAGCUUGUCUCUCUAAGCUCCCUAUUGUUGUAAACAAAAAUAUGCCCUUUUCCCUUAUGGGGUAUCCAAGAGCCCAUAUAGAGUCCUUACAUAGGUUCCCUAUUGGUAGGAGAGAAUAACAGAGGCCAACCAGAGAAUAUUGAGAAGGAAAACAGCUAGUAAGCUUGAUCUUUAUUGAUCUGUUGCAACAGAGUGCUCCCCUCACCCACAGGAGAGAGGAGGAACCCAGAAAAAUGGCGCGCAAGGCCUUAUGAAGACUUUUGAAAUUCCCACCCUGUAGAUCAAGACCACCCCCAGAAACAUCAUACACACAUCACAGGAGGGGUGUAACCUAAGACCACCCCUCAGAUACAUCACACCUACAUCACAGAAAAGGCGGCCUUAAAACAGAAAUUUGAAUGUUGUUUUUCUCCUGUCGUUGUUUAUCUCCUGUCUGCCAGGUUACUUGAUUGGAUUGCCUGGGAAGCCUGGCUAGUCUUUUGUAGUGAUAAAUACUUAGUUCCUGGACCAGGUCACAGGCUCACACCCUAUUCAAACACAGACAUACCCUUAAGACAGGAUUUGUAAAGGAAAAGACAAUGGGGAGGCUUUUCCAUUUUCAUUUGACCUUGCAGAGAAAACAUUUGGUCAGUUUGGGACAGUUUGCAAAUCAAAAUGGUUCCAGGUUGGUCUUCCUGUGCUGAUCUAUGUAUGUGCUUGGUUGGUACACUUAUGAACAUUUAACAUAUAUCUAAGACCUCAAAGUUCCUAUCACACUAUGCAUCCCAGUUGUUGGGAAUCACACGUGGAGAGAGGGCUGUGGCCUUCCCAUUGCGGCAUCUGGUUCGCCACUGUGAUAACAGGAUGCUAGACUAGUCAGGCCACUGGCCUCAUCCAGCAAGGCUUUUCUUACAUCCUUCCAUUUGGCAGCGGAAACUGCCAUACCAGAAACAGCAAGCAGCCAGACUCUGUGUGCGCCGCUCGCUCCUACACAGUUAUAUCACAUCUUUGGACCAAGGCUGUCAUAUAUUUCCCUAGCAGCAAUGAUGGACACAUGUCGUGUCUCUCUGUAGGGCACGGCAUGGUGUAAGUAACCAGUUUUAUAUUCAGAAAAGGCUAAUGGGCAGUGUGCUGUAGGCUUGGAGAGCUGCCCUGUUUUAACCCCAAACAACUAAAAAUAGAUUCAACCUGUGACUGAGCAUUGCAUGGCCAUUUUUCUGCAGAGUGGCUGUUCAUAGACGAUUGUUGCCAUGGAUUUUUCUUUCUUUAGCAAAGCACAUUCUUGCGGUGGUAAAGGGUGUUAGAAAAGCAGCAAAGCUAGAGCAAGUGCCAUUUUUGCUCCACUUGCCCAGGGUAUGCUAAUUUUACUUAGCUAAUUACUUAGUUGCAAAAUCGUGAGGGGGGUGUGUGUGUGUGUAUGUAUGUAUAUAUUUGUAUUAUAGUAGUAGUUUUUAAAAAACAACAACAAACCACCAAGAGCAUUCCACCAGUUCGGAGCCAUCACUGAGAAGACCCUGGCCCUGGUGGAGGAUAGUCUGACUUCCUUAGGGCCUGGGACCUCUAAACUAUGAUUAUUCAUGGACCUUAAGAUCCUCUGCGGGGCAGACCAGGAGAGGCGGUCCCAUAAAUAUGAGGGCCCUAAGCUACAAAGGGCUUUAAAGGUCAAAACCAGCACCUUAAACCUGACCCUCUACGGCUUCUGUGGUCCAAAAAGGGUCAGGAGGGAGGAGCCCCCGUCUCCUGGUCAGAUUGGCACAAUGGUCUUUACAUCAGAGGAUGAAGCACAAGACCAGGGGUUGGCAACCUGCGUCCCAUGGGCCACAAGCGCCCCAUGGGGGUCAUUUAAACAGCCCACAAGCCACCCCCGAACUGAGCCGCCCACUCGGUGAGUCCCCGCGCACUGCGCUAAAACAGCGCAGAGCGGGGACUUGCUUCCACGGUGCCGGAAAUUGCGUCUGCGCAGACGCAAUCCAGCCCACAGAGCGAUCUCCGCAGGAGUGAACCAGCCCAGGUGAGGUAAACCUUGCUGACCCUUCACAAGACCUUGUUUCUGAGGACGGAUGUCUCUCCCAUGGCCCACUCUUAGCAUCACCAGAUCUUACGAGCUUCUAUCUUGGCACAGCAUCUUGGAGGAUGAGAUCAGUUGUCUGGCGCAUUAACGUUUUGAAUUGUGCUGUACUCAUCAUUUUUCCUGCUUUGUUUAGACUACAGGGCUAUGCAGAAGAGAAGAGCAAUUUCCAAGAAUGAAAUGGUUCAGAGAUCAAAACGGUAAGGCUGCUUUUGAUUGGAGGACAACCCUGUUAUAUUUUUGCAUAUGGAUAAACCUCACAUAUUUAUUUUCUAACGCGAGUUAGAAAAUGAACAAGGCACAAGAUUGGCCGUAGAUAUUGGGGCCUGAAAAUCCAAAGCACAUAAUUUCUCCACCCCUAAUUUACCUGGGGCACAACCCAGCAGAAAUGUCAUUCCCUGGAGGUGAAAGUGGCAGGCCUGGAGAAGUUAAAAGAGGCAGAGAGGUUGAUGGAUAGGGCCUUUGGGUUCAUGAGAGCUGCAUCCCACUCCCAGGAUGACAGCUCCCUCGCUGUGAUGGAAAAGGUCUUGGGGAAGUGUUAUGGGUAAGCAGUAUAGUAGACAAAUUUGCUGAUUGAUACCGAAGGACAGUUAAUAAUAGCAGAAUCCGAGAGCAUCCAAUGAAGCUGAUUGUUGGAAGAUUCACGACAGACGAAAGGAGGGAAUCAUUCACACAGCACAUUGUUAAAGUGCGGAACUCCCUCCCUCAAGAAUUAUCGAUGGCCACCAGCUUGGAUGGAUUAGAUAAAUUAAUGGACAAUAAGACUGACUAUGGCUGCUAGCCACCGUGGCCACGCCUGCCAGCGCCUGCCAACCUAGCAGUUCGAAAGCACUCCUGGGUGCAAGUAGAUAAAUAGGGACCGCUUACUAGCGGGAAGGUAAAUGGCGUUCCGUGUGCUGUGCUGGCUCGCCAGACGCAGCUUGUCACGCUGGCCACGUGACCCGGAAGUGUCUGCAGACAGCGCUGGCUCCCGGCCUAUAGAGUGAGAUGAGCGCACAACCCUAGAGUCUGUCAAGACUGGCCCGUACGGGCAGGGGUACCUUUACCUUUUUACCUUUACCAGCUUGGAUGGAUUAGAUAAAUUAAUGGACAAUAAGACUGACUAUGGCUGCUAGCCACCGUGGCGACGGUUUAGCUCAGGCAUAGGCAAACUCGGCCCUCCAGAUGUUUUGAGACUACAAUUCCCAUCAUCCCUGACCACUGGUCCUGCUAGCUGGGGAUGAUGGGAGUUGUAGUCCAAAAACAUCUGGAGGGCCGAGUUUCCCUCUGCCUGGUUUAGCUCCACUGUUGGAGGCAGGGUGCUUCUGAAUACCAGUUGCUAGAAAUUGCAUGUGGGGAGAGUGCUGCUGUGCUGGGGUCCUGUUUGUGUGGUUCCCAAAGGCUUCUGUUUGCCCACUGGCCUAGAUGGGCCUUUGGCUUAGUCCAUUAGAGCUGCUCACAGGCUAUCUUGAAAUGAACAGGAGAUGUGUAAAACACCUUUCUGCUGGCUUGUGCACCAUGGGUAAGACUAGUGAUGUUAAAUUCUUGAGCAUAAUCUUUUGGAGAAUAUUCUCGAUUAAUGAGAAUAUUAGCGAAUUUUCAUUUAAAUUAGGAGAAUAUUCAUUUUAAUGCAUUGAAAAUGAUAUAAUUAGUUAAUAUACAUGUUUAUUCAUGGGUAAACUUGUUCAGAUGGCAACCAAAAACUGUACAGAUACUUUUAUUCAAUGGGGUAAUGCAGUGAAUUCACAUUCUUUGAUUUUUUGCACCAAACUUGAAAUUGAAAAUUCAACGUGAAUGACUCAGGUUAAUCACUAAGCCUGCCACUAACCCGUAUAUUUACCAUCAACUUUGAAUUCUAAUUAUGUUGUGUAUGUAUGAAAUGUAGCUUUUAAAGUAAAAGGAAUUUUUAAAAAACACCUCAGGUCCACUACUUGAGUAUGUUCUUUUAAUAAGCAUAUCUACAUGAUACAGUAUGUUCAGUACAACACUAAUAAAAUCAAUAUAAAGUUUAAAACAAAGGCUAUCAUUUCCAGAAAAUAAAACACAAAUAAUCAGUAAUGACAAGUUUCAUAACAUCAGAAAUGCAAAGUACUAUCUGCUUAGACAAGUAAGGCAACACACAACAUAUUUAAAUUAUAACUGAUAAAUUGUCACAAGAAAGAAAUUUAUUUUAAAAAUAGGCUUUAAGUAACAAGUCUCAAAUGUUUAUAAAUUUAUAUUGAACUCCUCAAACAUUAUUCAUUUCUUACCCUGGCAAUAUCACAGCUGGACUUAUUAUUUACUAGAUUUUUUUAAAUGUGGGUUGUAAAACUGGUUCUUACAUUAGAAUUUACAGUUUGUGGAGAAUAUUCUCCAGAGAAUUUUCUAGCAGAGAAUAUUCUCGAGAAUAUUCUCAUUCUCAAGAAUAUUUUCCGGAGAAUAUUCUCACCUCAUCACAAGGUAAGACCUGUCUCUUAAUCUUCAGUGGUACCCUAAAUUAUCUCCGUGGGGCACACAUCUUGCCUUGUUCUGCAGUUAGGCCAUCUCUGGAUAUCUCUCCUGUGGGAACAAGAGUUACAGGAACAGAAAUCUUUCCAGCUUUGGCUAUACAUACAUUUUUAGCCAGGGUAUUUUAAUGCCUAAAGAAUAGGGAUUUGUUUAUGGUAUGUUGUAAAGCCUGAUCUUCUGUUCAGCAGUAAACUGGCUUUGACUUCGUUUGUUUAUUAAUGGCAGUUUUCCAAAUAUGUAUUAUGUGCAUAGGAGGGAGGGAUCAGACAGAUGAUCAGGUUACUGGAUUGUGGGGACAGAUGAAGUGGUGAGAACGUAAUCACCGAGGGACACAUCCUGUCUUUAUUCCAAAUGAGCUGUUUGUUUUACUCUUCUCUGCAAUAUUUAUCAGAACCCCCCCAGGGAAUGUUCAAGCAGAAAACUCUUCUUUCUUUCUAACAAGCUCAUUCCUUUAACUUCUAAAGGGGAUUUGAUAGAUACUUCAUUUUUGGAGCUGGGAAUCGGGGGGUGUAUUUUAAGGAACGCGCUGGGAGUGAUUCACAGCCGUUCUCCUGCGUAAGCGUAAUUACUCUUUAUUCUGCUUCUGCAACCGUUCAACCAUCAUUUUGCUUUUCCUGCAAUCUUUACCGAGUUCUUUGCCGUCAUUCCUUUCUCUUGGGCAGGGGGCCUUGGGAGAUGUCGGAGCUUGAAGCACAGCUCUCUUUGCACAUCUGUCCCGUGCGAUGAACCACCAGGGCUCUCUCUGACUUACGGCAUCUUCUCACUAGGACAAACUAUGAAAGCUUUCUGGGAAAGGCUGGGAAUUUGUCUGGGUAAAAGUAACCCUUUCCUAGCUUUGACUCCUUGGCUUGUCCUCCCAGGUCUGCCCUCCACCUUGACUGUUGACUCCUGGCUCCCAGCUCCCACUGGACAGCUGCUAACAGCUGGAAUCCUGGCUGUUGCUAGAGCCCUGUGAAGCAAUCGUAGCUGUCAGCUGUCUUUACGGGGCCUAUGGGCUUAGGAACCUUGCCCAUCCUGAUUCAAAACCAACACCCUUUGAAAUGUUCAGUUUUUGUGGGUGGAGGGUGGCAGUUCAGGUCCAGUCCCUGGCUAGAAAUCCUGUAAAUCUAGGUUUCAAUCCUGUUACAGCCCUUGUGCCUUGUAGCCCAGUCCAGCCUUGUGCAGGUCUACAGUCUUGUCCCUGACAUCCUUCGACAGUUCUUUGGUCUUGGUCAUGGUGGCUACUUUGGAAUCUGCUGGAUUGAUUGCUUCUGUUGACAGGUGUCUUUUGUACAGGUACUGUAACAAGCUGGGAUAACAGGUAAGACCUCUCCCUUACAGCAGGUGCUGCUUAUCUCAGCUCGUUACAUACAGUGAAGAUACCAGGUAGCAUGACAUCUGGCUGGUUGAGAGGGGAUCAGAUAUUUCUUUCACUCAUUAUAAUGCACAUCAAUAUCUGACUUUUGUCUUCUGGCUUUCUGGGGGUUUUCUGUUGUUAUUCUGUCUCUCACAGCUACAAUAAAGCUACCAUUAAAAUUAUGGACUGGUCAUUUCUUUGUCAGAGGGCAAAUGGGCAAAUUUAGCAGGGGAUCAAAUACUUUCCCCCCUCACUGUAAAUGAGCCAAAUAAGGAAUUCUGUAGAAUGGUCUGGGGCCGUUUCUUAGAGCAGGACAACCCUUGCCACUCUUCUUUGUCAUACACUUUGUGUCUGGUUUCUGUGAGGCUAGCAAGCCUGAUCAGUUGGAAAACCACAACUGAGAGAGGUCAGUUGUUGCAAUUUGAGCCCACAGCAGGUCCUGAAUCUGGGAUUUGUCAAAAAACUUUCAGCCUUGCGCUGGCCAAAGAAGAGCAGUCAGGCUCAAAAGAGUCUUUUAAUCAGUUUUAUGCUUCAGCAGAUCACCUGAGAUCCAGCAGGUCAGGCCUGUGUUUCGGCCCCAAGUACCAAAGAGAUCACCUUGGCUCUCUUGCUUCUCCACAUAACCCUCUUGCUUCUCUAUAUAACCCUGCACUCACUCAGCAGUGCAAUGGCUGAUUCAUUUGGGAGCGAUUUCUUUAGAGUAAUCCCUUCAUUUUAUUUUUGCUCUCUUAGCAUCUAUGAGCAGCUGCCUGAGGUGCGAAAAAGACGGGAAGAAGAAAAGAGAAAAUCCGACUAUUCUACAAAUCGUUUGAAGGCUCAGCUUUAUAAAAUGGUAGGUGCUUUGAUUUGGUUUAAUAUUUGUGCUGCUCUUCCAACAGCUAAUGUCGAGCUCAAAGCGGCACGCAGUAAUCACGGUAGAAUUAAAACAACAGUCAAACGCAGUAGCAUAUAAAUAAAGCAAACAACAGCUGCAAGACAAUUAAUACAAUUCCGUAAAGUCAUAGUAACUCAUUGUCCUGCUGAGAUACUUUCCCCAGCCCCCCCUUGUUUCCACAACAGCCCAGUCUUGUCCAAGUGUCCUUUGGAGAGCAAGAGAGUUAAGGGAAGUUCAUUGCAUUGGGAUAAACAGAAUUUCCCCAGUGAUCAGAUGGUCACAAUGAACUGUUUCCUGCAGUUUCCAUCUAAAGAUCUUGAAUUGCUGCCCAGAUUAGCUACAUGCAUCAAAUAUAACGACCUUCCCCCUGCCCCAGUCCCUAAAAUCUGUAGAGACGCCAAAAGCAGCCACAGCAAAUUUGUUGGAAUGAAGAGUGCUCUUGUUCUGGGGGCCACUGAGAUCCAGAUGGGCCGCCAAAGGCCUGGUGGAACAACUCUGUCUUGCAGGCCCUGUGGAAAGAUGUCAAGUCCCGUAGGGCCCUAGUCUCUUGGGACAGAGUGUUCCACCAGAUCGGAGCCACAGCCGAAAAAGCCCUGGCUCUAGCUGAGGCCAGCCUAACCUCUCUGUGGCCUGGGACCUUCAAGAUGUUUUUAUUUGAAGACCGUAAGUUUUUCUGUGUGGCAUACCAGGAGAGGCGGUCCCGUAGGUAUGAGGGUCCUAGGCCGUAUAGGGCUUUAAAGGUUAAAACCAGCACCUUAAACCUGACCCUGUACUUCACCGGGAGCCAGUGCAGCUGGUAUAGCACCGGGUGAAUGUGAUCUCGCAGCGAGGACCCUGUAAGGAGUCUCGCUGCAGCAUUCUGCACCCGCUGGAGUUUCUGGGUCAGUCUCAAGGGCAGCCCCACGUAGAGCGAGUUACAAUAAUCCAGUCAUUUUGGAUUACAAAAAUUACAAUAAUUUUGGCAGACAAGAGGCUCUCUUGCAAUGCCCUGCAAUGCCACUUUUCAUCCCUCCAUAUACCGCCCGGGUCAACAAAACAAGCACUCAUUUAAAAGGUGAUGUUGCCUGGGAGGGGCAGAGGGAGGGAAACUGCCCAGGUAUGCUGCUGCCAUGCGCCAGUGCAAUCAGGAACGCCUGGCUUCUGCACAUGAACAUGUGUAGUUGCUUCCUCCUAAGUUGAACCGGUUGCAGUGCCAUCUGCAUAAAGGGACGCGGGUGGCGCUGUGGUCUAAACCACUGAGCCUCUUGGGCUUGCCCCGCGACGGGGUGAGCUCCUGUUGCUCUGUCCCUGCUCCUGCCAACCUAGCAGUUCGAAAGCACACCAGUGCAAGUAGAUAAAUAGGUACUGCUCUGACGGGAAGGUAAACGGCGUUUCCGUGAGCUCUGGUUUCCGUCACGGUGUUCCGUUGCGCCAGAAGCGGUUUAGUCCUGCUGGCCACAUGACCUGGAAAGCUGUCUGUGGACAAACGCCGGCUCCCUUGACCUGAAAGCAAGAUGAGCACCCCAACCUCAUAGUCGCCUUUCACUGGACUUAACCAUCCAGGGGUCCUUUACCAGUGCCAUCUACUCUGACCGGCAACAGCUCUCUUUAAGAUCCCCAGCUGAAGCCUUUUCUGACUCUCCUACCUAAAACGCUUUGAACGAUUCUGGGAUUGAACCUAGUUCUUAUAACAUGUGCUCUACCACUGAACUACAUCUUUCCCUUUAAACAUUUGAAGCUGCAGUACAAGGAAGGUGGACAUUGGUCCAUCUAGUCUACUCUUCUCUGGCCAGUGAUGGCUCUGCUAAGGGCUGGGGGGCAGAGAGUCUCCCCCAACCCCCAGUCCUACUUCCUUUUAACUGAAGUCAUCAGAGAUUGAACCGGAGACCUUCAGCAUGCUAAUCCUGCAGCCUUUCCAGGCUUUAAAUAGAAAAUAAUAAUAAUAAUAAUAAUAAUAAUAAUAAUAAUAAUAAUAAUUUAUACCCCGCCCUCCCCAGUCAAGACUGGGCUCAGGGCAGCUAACACCAAAUAUAAAAACAAUUGAUUGAAAUACAGCUUAAAAAACAAGAUUAAAAUACAACAUAAAAACAUUAAAAUGCAGCCUCAUUUCAGUGGAAACUCAAAUCAAAAACUUUUGGGGGGAUGAAAACGUCAAGUCUUCACCAAGGCUAACUAUCCAGACUGGUCCUACAUGGGCCAGAAAAAAGCCAGGGAAGUUAGAAUAUUUAUUUUAAAAAUAAAAACGGAGGGGCAGGGUUGGGAUCUCUUAUAUCAGGGGGUGUGUCAAGCUUGUGGGGCUCCCAGUUGUCAUUAGAUUACAGUUUCCUUCAUCCUUGUCCAUUGGCCAUGCUGGCUGCUGGGCCAAUGGGAAUUGGAGCAUAACAACAUCUGGAGAACCCCCACACAAACCUGCCCUAUAGGUUUGCAUUGACGGCGUUUGAUGCCCCAAGUAGAUUCCUAAAGUAGCUUGGAGGGUAAGAAGCCAUAACGGAUCUUGUAGGGACAAGGUUCCUGGAGAAAGCUCUUCUCACGGCCCGGGAUUUAAUGAUGCGUUCAGCAAAGCGGCUGCAUGUUAACUGUUCCCGUACAUAAAAUGCAAUUUGCAACGCAGAAAAGGUCCAUAAAUGCUCAGCGUAAGCAUCUCGGUAGCUGGCAAUCCCUCACUUUUAUGAAAUCGCGUUAUGGGCCCCCAUAAAUGCAAGUUUUGCACUGCAAUUUAAUACAAACAAAAUAAAAACGGCAUUGUUGACCUUCUUGCCUCUGCUGCUGGCACAGGGAGUGGACUGGGAAGAAUGUCAAAGCAGAACUGAUUGAACUUUCCUUGCUGUUUGCUUGUGUGUGUGUGUGUGUGUGUUUGGUUUUGGGAGGGAGAAUUGAGGUCGUUAUUAAGAGUGCUGUGAAUAUUUAAUUACUAAUUAAUUUAUAAAUUUCGGUGCAGCCCUUUGUUCAGUGAUCACAAGGCAGUUUACAAUAUAAUCACAGGGCGGUUUGCAAUAUAACAUUAGGGAAAGCCCAUGGGCUUCUUCCCAUUGCACGUGAAGUCCUUCCACAAGCCAGAAGCCCAGUGAACACAACAGAGUGCAGGUGAAGCUCUAAAUCAAGACCUCACUAAAUCCUGACCAGGUGUGCACCCUGGACUAAAAUAUUCUAUAUCCAGUGGAGUUACACCCACCAGAACAAUGCUGUGAAUUUUGUAAAUAAAAAAAGACCAGCCUUUAUCAACAGACCCCACCCCCCAGCCUGUAUUUUAACAUGCGUUUAAAUUAAAGUGUCAUCAGAACGUCUCGUUAAGAACCAACAUUUGCAAGGAAUCAGUCUUUUAAUGUGGCAGGUGACUCCCUGCGUGUUAACAUCAAGCAGGCGUUUUUUCUGCACUAUUUGACACCACCAAAAAAAAGAUUCUGUUUCAGCAAGCCAUGGUAAACCACCAAAGUUGGAAAAACAGGGGGGAAAUAUAGUUGUGAAUUUGACUUUUUGCCACAGGGCGGCACUGCAGUAAACAUAAUGAAAUGGCCACAGAUUCAAAGCCUGCAGCGUCCCACCAUGGCAAUGAGGGCCAGCAAUUCAUAGCUUUAAAAAACCAAAUUCUUCUAGGGCAGCACAAGCCGAAAUGGCUCUUUGGACCCUGGCCUUUUUUGUUGACUGUGUUUUAACCGCUUUGAUAAUUUCUCCAAAAGCUAGUUGUCCAUGCUGCCGGAGGCAGUAUGCUUCUGAAUACAGUGGUGCCUCGCAAGACGAAAUUAAUCUGUUCCGCGAGUCUCUUCGUCUUGCGGUUUUUUCGUCUUGCGAAGCACGGCUAUUAGCGGCUAUUAGCGGCUUAGCGGCUUUAAGAAAAAGGAAACAAACUCGCAAGAACUCGCAAGACGUUUCGUCUUGCGAAGCAAGCCCAUAGGGAAAUUCAUCUUGUGGAACGACUCAAAAAACGGAAAACUCUUUCGUCUUGCGUGUUUUUCGUCUUGCGAGGCAUUCAUCUUGCGAGGCACCACUGUACAAUUUGUUGGGAAUUGUGCUGGUCCCGUGGGUUACCCGAGAGGCGAGGUCCAAGUCUGGUCCGUGGUCAAAGGUGCAACGGGAAGGCAGUCCGUAGUAGCUGAAGCUGGGUGCAGGGCGGGGAGUCGGGUGAAGUCAGGAACAGGCUUGCAAGCAGGGAGCCAGGGCAGGUCAGGAGCUCCGGCACGAAAGCAGGACAGGGUUCAGGCAGGAACUAGCCACCAACAAUGUUCCUCCUGCAACUUGGGACUGGGGCUGGCCGGCUUUUAUCUGCCCCGAGGCAUAGGGCGGCCCCGAUCCUCAGGUGACUCGCCUCUCCUGGCCUGGAGGCGAGCACUCCUCCUGCGUGAACUUAGUUCCCUCUGCCUCUCUGCCCUGAGCCUCUGCAGCUCAGGAGAGGCUGGAGGGUUCCCGGACCCAGAGGCAACCUCAGCUUCCUAUGACGGGGCUGAGAGUGGAGCACCUGCAGGCAGUGGGUCCUCCAUCACCUCAGGAGCCAGAGCAGACUCAACUGGUGCCUGCACCUGAGGAUCCAGCACAGGUGAGGACCCUUCAGGCUCAGGCCCCAGCCCUGGUUCAGCUGGUUCUGGAGGCGGGGACUCCUGUGCAGGCUGGGAUCCCUCAGGUUCAGCAUCCGAGUCCGAAUCCCAGGCCAUCACAGGAAUCACAAUUGGGAGAGUGUUGUUGCUUUCAGGUCCUGCUUGCAGGCCUUCCCAUAGACAUCUGGUUAGCCACUGUGAGAGCAGAGUGCUGGGCUAGAAGGACUUUUGGACUGAACCCCAGAAGCUGGGCUCUUGUCACGUCCAUAAUUUCCUGUGCUACACCUUUUUUCGGCUCUCUCCCAUCCUCUCAAGGCUUCCGUUUCCACGGCACAGGAUGGGUGGGCAGAGGAUGGGUGGGCUUGGUGACAGUAGGAGGUUUGCCGUCUCUGCAUGGGUAUCAUUAUGGCAUCGCAGUGAUGAUAAGCCUAACAGAUUUAUCGUUUUCUUUCUCCGCAGAAAGUCACCAACCAUAUUUUGGGAAGAAAAGUACCUUGGGAGUGAUGUCGAAAACAAGCAAGCAACCUUUUAUUUCAAUAAAACCUAUCACACCUACUGAAUAUUUCACCACCUUCCCUGUUUGAGAUGAAAAGUGUGUGAACAGAUUACUCGGGUGGUUUUUCCAAUUAUGCAAAAGAGGUUUCAUUAAUGUUAAUUAGUAUUUUGAGGUGUCCUUCCUAGCAUAAUCUGACUGCUUCUACAUAUUUUGAAUCUCAAGAGGAUUAAAAACAGGUUUCCGAUAAAUAAUUGACUUUUAGUAGUGUGCAUUUACUCUCCGAGAUCAUAGUAGCUUAGAAUUAAUUUAUCAGAACAAUGCAAUCAGUGGGUUUUGUUUGUUUGUAUAUGUGUGUGUGUGGUUGUUUGUUAAUUUAUUUGAUACUUGAAUUUUGGGGUGUUUUGUACUUUUUUAUAGUUGAGUUGCUCCCCUGUAUCUUUCUUUUUCUACUACUGAAAAAAUUAAAUAUCUGAAGACUCUUCCAGU